AUGGUGAGGCUUUACCACAGCAGCAGCAUCAGGCCUCAUUCACUCCAAGCCACUGAAGGAGCAAUGGUAAAAGCUUUUCCUGGCAGGAUUUGACUGUCUGUUGACUGAACUGAUACUGAUGUAAAAAGGGCUUUAUAAAUCAAUUUGAUUGAUUGAGCUAGCACGCUAGCCCUGUCAAGCUAGUCUGCCUAACUGACACCAGCAAAGCUUAACUCGUAUCGCGGUUGGCUCAUUGUAGCCAGGACCGCUGAUCCUGACCCAAGUAUGUGCCUGUCAGACUCAUUUUUGGAGUUGGAGAUGGACGGUAAAGCCAUGAAAUGAAAGUAAUGUGACAGCAUGAAAAAUUUAUGCACUCACUAACUGUAAGUCGCUCUGGAUAAGAGCGUCUGCUAAAUGACUAAAAUGUAAAUGUAAUGUAUAUUAUGUAUAUAUACAGUGUUCUAAUGAUGUGCAAAUAGUUAAAGUACAAAAGGGAAAAUAAAUAAACAGAAAUAUAGGUUGUAUUCAUGCUGCUGUGAUUGCUCUCUCUCUCUCUCUCUCUCUCCUCUUCUCCUCUCCCUCUCCUCUCUCUCUCUCCCUCUCUCUCUCUCUCUCUCUGCUGUCUCUAUCUCUCUCUCUCUCUCUCUCUCUCUCUCUCUCUUCACUCUCUCUCUCUCUCUCGUCUCUCUCUCUCUCCUGUUCUUUCCGUCUCUCUCUCUCUCUCUGUUCUCUUCGGUCUCCUGUCUCUCUAGCGAUCGAUCUCCGUCUCAUCGUGGGUAGGCUGGCUAGCUGGGAGCUUCGAUCUAUCUAUCUAUCUAUUAUCUAUUAAUCUAUAUAUCUACAUCUAUCUAUCAUCUAUCAUUAUCUAGCUAUCUAUCUAUCUAUCUACUAUCUAUCUAUCUACUAUCUCAUCUAUAUCUAUCUAUCUAUCUAUCUAUCUAUCUAUCUAUCCUCUCUCUCUCUCUACUUCUCUCUCUCUCCUCUCUUCUCUCUCUCUCUCUCUCUCUCCUCUCUCUCUCUCUCUCUCUCUCUCUCUCUCUCUGUCUCUGUCUCUGUCUCUGUCUCUGUCUCUCUCUCUCUCGUAGAUUUGUUGUCUCUCAUUCCCUAAUCCCUUUAUACAUGAUCAUUAUGUUUAAUUCUCCAUUUCAUACACCAUAAUCAUACUCUUCUCUCCAGAGCAGUGCAGGGCAAGUUGAGUGAAGUGCAAACAAGGGAUUUGUCUCUGCUUUCCUGUGUUGACACCAUUGUGCUGCUGACUGAUGAUCCUGCCUCUCAUCUUUCAUCAGUCUCUUACUACAAAAGAGGAGCCACUCCUCAGACUGCUGUUCAGGCGAGAUCUGAUGCAGUAAUGGUUCUGUAUAGCUUUGCAGCUCCUCCCUUGGUUUACCUAAUGUGUGAGAUAAUUGCUAUACAACACACCAAUGUAUAGAGAAUGGAACCUGAGAAUGACAGAAUUCUGGUUGAUGUCUCUAAACUCUUCUGUGAUCAGGGGUGUACCUCUGUAUGACAGGGUUCCACAGCCACAACUUAAGAUGCCAGAACAAUGAGCGCUGAAAGCUUUUUUAACCUCUCUAGUCAUGCAGCCCAAGCUUAUUGUAUUAGGUCAUCUCACAUGGUAAGCACUAGCUACUUAAAUCUUUGAAGAUUCAGUUGAAAAUCUGUCAUUUAAAUCCAACAGAAUCUGGGGUAUUUCUGGAACGUCUUGCAAAUGAUGGGUUACUAGCAGCAGCUUUAGUCUCUGUAGGAUUGUCAGAAUGGGCCUCUGCAGGGCUAAUUGGUGACUGAGGUGUGUUUUGACACACCUGCGUGCGUACGCAACCACCUGCACGCACACACACACACACAAACACACACACACACACACACACACACACACACACACGCACACACACACACACACACACGCACACAUACAGUGGGGGAAAAAAGUAUUUAGUCAGCCACCAAUUGUGCAAGUUCUCCCACUUAAAAAGAUGAGAGAGGCCUGUAAUUUUCAUCAUAGGUACACGUCAACUAUGACAGACAAAAUGAGGAAAAAAAAUCCAGAAAAUCACAUUGUAGGAUUUUUUAUGAAUUUAUUUGCAAAUGAUGGUGGAAAAUAAGUAUUUGGUCAAUAACAAAAGUUUCUCAAUACUUUGUUAUAUAAUAUAAUAAUAAUAUGCCAUGUAGCAGACGCUUUUAUCCAAAGCGACUUACAGUCACGCGUGCAUACAUUUUUGUGUAUGGGUGGUCCCGGGGAUCGAACCCACUACCUUGGCGUUACAAGCGCCGUGCUCUACCAGCUGAGCUACAGAGGACCCUUUGUUGGCAAUGACACAGGUCAAACGUUUUCUGUAAGUCUUCACAAGGUUUUCACACACUGUUGCUGGUAUUUUGGCCCAUUCCUCCAUGCAGAUCUCCUCUAGAGCAGUGAUGUUUUGGGGCUGUCGCUGGGCAACACGGACUUUCAACUCCCUCCAAAGAUUUUCUAUGGGGUUGAGAUCUGGAGACUGGCUAGGCCACUCCAGGACCUUGAAAUGCUUCUCACGAAGCCACUCCUUCGUUGCACGGGCGGUGUGUUUGGGAUCAUUGUCAUGCUGAAAGACCCAGCCACGUUUCAUCUUCAAUGCCCUUGCUGAUGGAAGGAGGUUUUCACUCAAAAUCUCACGAUACAUGGCCCCAUUCAUUCUUUCCUUUACACGGAUCAGUCGUCCUGGUCCCUUUGCAGAAAAACAGCCCCAAAGCAUGAUGUUUCCACCCCCAUGCUUCACAGUAGGUAUGGUGUCCUUUGGAUGCAACUCAGCAUUCUUUGUCCUCCAAACACGACGAGUUGAGUUUUUACCAAAAAGUUCUAUUUUGGUUUCAUCUGACCAUAUGACAUUCUCCCAAUCCUCUUCUGGAUCAUCCAAAUGCACACUAGCAAACUUCAGACGGGCCUGGACAUGUACUGGCUUAAGCAGGGGGACACGUCUGGCACUGCAGGAUUUGAGUCCCUGGCGGCGUAGUGUGUUACUGAUGGUAGGCUUUGUUACUUUGGUCCCAGCUCUCUGCAGGUCACUCACUAGGUCUUGUAUGUCUUCCAUUUCCUAAUAAUUGCUCCCACAGUUGAUUUCUUCAAACCAAGCUGCUUACCUAUUGCAGAUUCAGUCUUCCCAGCCUGGUGCAGGUCUACAAUUUUGUUUCUGGUGUCCUUUGACAGCUCUUUGGUCUUGGCCAUAGUGGAGUUUGGAGUGUGACUGUUUGAGGUUGUGGACAGGUGUCUUUUAUACUGAUAACAAGUUCAAACAGGUGCCAUUAAUACAGGUAACGAGUGGAGGACAGAGGAGCCUCUUAAAGAAGAAGUUACAGGUCUGUGAGAGCCAGAAAUCUUGCUUGUUUGUAGGUGACCAAAUACUUAUUUUCCACCAUAAUUUGCAAAUAAAUUCAUUAAAAAUCCUACAAUGUGAUUUUCUGGAGAAAGAAAAUCUCAAUUUGUCUGUCAUAGUUGACGUGUACCUAUGAUGCAAAUUACAGGCCUCUCUCAUCUUUUUAAGUGGGAGAACUUGCACAAUUGGUGGCUGACUAAAUACUUUUUUUCCCCCACUGUAUAUACGCAACCAGUGAGGUAUGAAGUGUGUUCAGAGGGCUGCUGUUUGUCUGUCCCCCCAGCCCAGGACCCAGGCAGCUGCUCUGCUCUCAACUCCCACCUGGUCGUCAUCAUAGCUAUCCCAGGAACUCAGCUCUAAUUCAGUUAACCUCUUAAGGAUCGGACCCUUUCUUUAAAUUUUCGCAUAAAAUGACAUACCCAAAUCUAACUACCUGUAGCUCAGGACCUGAAGCAAGGAUAUGCAAGGAAACACUUAGAAGUUUGUGGAAAUGUGAAAUUAAUGUAGGAGAAUAUGACACAUUAGAUCUGGUAAGAGAUAAUACAAACAAAAAAACUUGUGUUUUCUUUUUUUUUUUUGUUCCAUCAUCUUUGAAAUGCAAGGGAAAGGCCACAAUAUAAUAUUGCAGUUUAAGCAGUGUGUGUGCAAAGUUUCAGAUUGAUCCAGUGAAGCAUUGCAAUACUGGAAUAUUUUGUAUCAAGUUUGCCCAAAUGUGCCGAAUUGGUCAAUUGAUACAUUUUCAAGUACAUAACUAUGGAGAACAUACAAAAAUGAUAUGGUAAUACAUAAUGUAAGUUUACACACUCCCAGGAAUGUCAUACAUGAUGGAUCAUUAGCUAAUACACUAACUUUCACACAUCUAGAUGGCUGGGCGGGGUGGGUGUGGAGCCAGAGACAGCAGGGGUUCAAACUGUAGAACCCAGUUCCUACAUUUGAAUAUAAAAAUUGAUUUUAUCAAACAAAACGAUGCUACAUUUUAUCUCUGGGACCCUUAGGAUAACAAAUCAGAGCAAGAUUACUGAAUGUAAGUACAUUAUUGUCACGAUCGUCUGAAGAAGCGGACCAAUACGCAGCGCGUGGAGUGAACAUGAUGACUUUAUUUAAUAAAGCAACCACGAAAAACAACAAAUGACGAUAGUGAAGUCCUCUGUAACACUGACAGAAACAUGGAACAAAAACCCACAAACCAAGGAGAAACCACACAGUUUAAAUAUGGCUCCCAAUCAGAGAUAACGAGCCGACAGCUGACACUCGUUACCUCCGAUUGGGAGUCAUAUGACUAAUCAAGAACAAUACCCAAACAUAGAAAUGAACAACUAGAAUACCCAACAUAGAAAUACACCCAAACAAUGAAAAUGAACAACCCUGGCUCAAAUAAUCAAAGUCCAUGGAGCCAGAGUAUCACAGUACCCCCCCCUAAAGGUGCGAACUCCGGGCGCACCAGCCUACAGUCUAGGGGAGGGUCUGGGUGGGCGUCUGUCCAUGGUGGCGGCUCUGGCCCAGGUCGUGGUCCCCACCCCACCUUAGUCACUAUCCGCUUCCGUAGCCCCCUCCACCUGACCACCCCCCAACUAAACCCCACUGGAUUAAGGGGCGGCACCGGACUAAGGGGCAGCACCGGACUAAGGGGCAGCACCGGACUAAGGGACAGUACCUGACUAAGGGGCAGCACCGGCCUGAGGGGCAGCACCGGACUGAAUGGCGGAUCCUGGCUGGCUGGCUCUGGCGGAUCCUGGCUGGACGGCUCUGGCGGAUCCUGGCUGGCGGAAGGCUCUGGCUGAUCCUGUCCGGCAGAAGGCUCUGGCUGAUCCUGUCUGGCGGAAGGCUCUGGCUGCUCCUGUCUGGCGGAAGGCUCUGGCUGAUCCUGUCUGGCGGAAGGCUCUGGCUGCUCCUGUCUGGCGGAAGGCUCUGGCUGCUCCUGUCUGGCGGAGAGCUCUAGCGGCUCCGGUCUGGCGGACGGCUCUGAAGGCUCAUGGCAGACGGGCGGCUUUGCAGGCUCAGUACCGACGGGCAGUUCCUGCGGCGCUUGGCAGACGGACAGUUCAGACGGCGUUGGGCAGACGGGCAGUUCAGACGGCGUUGGGCAGACGGACAGUUCAGGCCCCGUUGGGCAGACGGCAGACUCUGGCCGUCUGAGGCGCAUCGUAGGCCUGGUGCGUGGUGCCGGAACAGGAGGUACCGGGCUGAGGACACGCAUCUCAGGGCUAGUGCGGGGAGAAGCAACAGGGCAUGCUGGACCCUGGGGACGCACCGUAGGCCUGAUGCGUGGUGCCGGAACUGGAGGUACCGGGCUGAGGACACGCAUCUCAGGGCUAGUGCGGGAAGCAGCAACAGGGCAUGCUUGGCCCUGGGGACGCACCGUAGGCCUGAUGCGUGGUGCCGGAACUGGAGGUACCGGGCUGAGGACACGCAUCUCAGGGCUAGUGCGGGGAGAAGCAACAGGGCAUGCUGGACCCUGGGAACGCACAUAAGGGCUAGUGCGGAGAGCCGGAACAGGGCAUGCUGGACCCUGGGGACUCACAUUAAGCCUAGUGCGGAGAGCAGCAACAGGACGCACAGGACUCGGGAGACACACAGGAGGCUUGGGGCGUGGUGUAGGCACUGGUGGGAAAGGGCUGGCGACGCGCACCGUAUCCCUGGUGCGAGUGGCCGGAACAGGCCGGGCCGGGCUGGCGAAGCGCACCGUAUCCCUGGUGCGAGUGGCCGGAACAGGCCGGGCUGGGCUGGCGAAGCGCACCGUAUCCCUGGUGCGAGUGGCCGGAACAGGCCGGGCUGGGCUGGCGAAGCGCACCGUAUCCCUGGUGCGAGUGGCCGGAACAGGCCGGGCUGGGCUGGCGAAGCGCACCGUAUCCCUGGUGCGAGUGGCCGGAACAGGCCGGGCCGGGCUGGCGAAGCGCACCGUAUCCUUGGUGCGAGGGGUCGUAACAGGCCGGACCGUACUGGAGGCACACACCACUGGCUCUACCCCGGGAACUGGAACGGGCCGGACCGGACUGGUAAUACACCCCAGUACCACUCGCCGUGCCCCUACAUCUCCUUUCCCUACUUUGGCCAGUGACCCCCGUAACCUGGUUGCCUCUUGAAUUCGCCCCUUCUCUGCCUCCGUCAGCCCUGUGGCAGCCUCCUGCUGCCCAGCCGCCCAAGCCAUGUGCCCCCCCCCAAAAAACGUUUUGGGGUUGCCUCUCGUCCUUCCGACGAUGGCCCUGCUGACGCCGUUGCUCCUCUCGCCGUCGCCUCUCCACCGUCUCGCUCCAUGGACGGCGAUCCAUCCCAUCCAGGAUCUCCUCCCAAGUCCAGGACCCCUUUCCGUCCAAAAUCUCCUCCCAUGUCCAGGAAGCCUUUGGAGCUGGGUCCUGUUGCCGCUUGACACGCUGCUUGGUCCUUUGAUGGUGGGUUUUUCUGUCACGAUCGUCUGAAGAAGCGGACCAAUACGCAGCGCGUGGAGUGAACAUGAUGACUUUAUUUAAUAAAGCAACCACGAAAAACAACAAAUGACGAUAGUGAAGUCCUCUGUAACACUGACAGAAACAUGGAACAAAAACCCACAAACCAAGGAGAAACCACACAGUUUAAAUAUGGCUCCCAAUCAGAGAUAACGAGCCGACAGCUGACACUCGUUACCUCCGAUUGGGAGUCAUAUGACUAAUCAAGAACAAUACCCAAACAUAGAAAUGAACAACUAGAAUACCCAACAUAGAAAUACACCCAAACAAUGAAAAUGAACAACCCUGGCUCAAAUAAUCAAAGUCCAUGGAGCCAGAGUAUCACAAUUAUUUACCUUCAGAGGUGAAUGUAUCAAACCAGUUGCCGUGAUAAGUUUUCUGUUGUUGUGCACUCUCCUCAAACAAUAGCAUGGUAUUUUUUCACUGUAAUAGCGACUGUAAAUUGUGUCUGUAAAAAGAGUGCAGGUAGAUUAACAAUAAUUUAAGCUUUCUGCCCAUAUAAGACAUGUCUAUGUCCUGGAAAGUUUUCUGUUACUUACAACAGUCAUGCUAAUCACAUUAGUGCACAUUAGCUCAACUGUCCCGUAUACAGUACACCGAUCCUGUAGAGGUUAAAGACAGAUUACUGGGUAUUGUGACUUUCUUAAACCCUCCCUCCGCCCUCCUUCCCUGGGCGGCACUGGCACAAAGUGCAGGUUGCUGGGAUAUGUGCCCUUUUCUCCUCAAUCACACGCAGUCAGGAAUCUAGGUCAUGUUCUCUAUGAUUGCACAUUCAUUUCAGGUGUGUGGAAGUGUUACCUUUCACCUUCCAUCUGUAUCAACUGGUGCUUUGCUAUGUGGUCUCCUACUGUAUAAUUAAUACAGAACUGGAUGGAGACAGUGUCCUGUUAAACAUUAACCAUCAGUGACAAUGUUAUCUGAUUGAUUCUAUCACACAAUUUGCUGUAAUUGGAUAAGGGUCAACACUGACAGCUAUGAUGGCAGUGAGGGGACCCACCAUAGACUAGUCUAGGGAGAGAUGAUCUCAGGGCAGUGGACCCGCCAUAGACUAGCCUAGGGAGAGGUGAUCUCAGGGCAGGAAGCGGUGUAAGUCCAGUAAAAGUAACAUGGCUUGACGAGGCCUAGCUGCUCUGACAGAGAGUGUAUUCACUGCUGUGCUCAGAGCUCCAGUCCAGUGGCUGAAAAUGUCUCAGGUGGUAGUGAGUGGAUGAAGGCUUGACUCCCAGAGGAAAGACAGUUGCAGUGAAGCCCAGUAGCGUGGAGGUGGAGGAUCCAUCAUGCUGUCCACCCUUGUCAGCCUGACGUCCUGCUUCUUUCCCCAUCCCAGUGCCCCCCAGCCUGUUUAGAGAUAAGCAGUACGGUGCAUGUGUGGACGGGCCCUCCACACUCCAACACACACAUUCCACCUCCGCACAGGGGCAUUGUGGGAGGGGUCGGACUGUCUGGAACUGUCCGUGUCCGACACCUGGAAGGUUUUUCUUAAUGAAUAACAUUUUCCUCUCUCGCAGUCUCCCUGCAUUCUUGCCACAGCCCCCUGUUCUGAAUGGAGAUGGGGCGUGUGUGUGUGUGUGUGUGUGUGUGUGUGUGUGUGUGUGUGUGUGUGUGUGUGUGUGUGUGUGUGUAGCUCAGAGGUGGGUGGUGUACAGACACGUGCUUGACCAGCGCUCUAAUCAGACCGCAAAAAAACAGAUGGCGUCAACAGCAGUUUUAAAACCUACAAAAGCCCUGUGUUUAUGGUUUGCACACACACAAAUACAUUAGCAUUAGGAUCCGACCUACAGUAACGUUCUCUAACAUGGGCAGAAAACGGUGAUGUACACGGUAGUUUUACUUGAUGUAUGUACAUUUCAUCAGUGAUUUUGGGAAGCAGCUGUAUUAUACCCUGCUCUCAAUGGGAUCCCAGGUAGGAUUUGAAAUGUUCUUUGAAAUGUGUGUCGUUGUUAUUGAGUGCAAUAACAGAGUAGGUUACCAGGGCCCUCCCCAAAUACACUAUACAAAACACAUCCACACAAAGAUACACUCACAGAUGCAGGGUGCACGCACGGGCACACGCACACGCGCACAAGCACACACACACACACACACACACACACACACACACACACACACACACACACACACACACAGAGCACCAGUCUGCAGUGGUGCCUUGUAAUUACCAGCCAAAACCAGGUACAUUUCAACAUCGGGGAGAAAAUAGAACAGCCAUCUGAUGAGAGGAUAGAACUCCAACACCACAUACUGUCAUUAUAGUGAACCACAGUGAGGUGGACAAUUCAACACAAUCUGGUCAUGGUUCAACCACACAGGGGCUGAGAUACACUAGAUUGUCCACUCAUGCAACAUACACAUUGUAUCUUAGAAAAAGCCUUUAGGUUCUGUAUCACUGUCAGAGCUAACAUGUCACAGAGAGGUGCCCUAGGGGUCACAACUACAGUUACCCCCAUCGGUGUCCUUCAUCUCUGGUGAGCUACAGUAUGCUAAUCGCUCUGCUCAACGCUUCUAACGGGACUGUUCUGUUUGCCCAGGGAGAGUCAGAUCGGAUGUAUGUUCAGAUCAAUAUUCCAAAGGUCAGCCUUUGAUUUAACCUGCAGGUUUACUGUACCUGUACUCAGGUGUGUGAGUGGCUGAAUGUAUCCUGCUGGUCUCAGGUGUGUGAGGGGCUGAAUGAAUCCUACUGGUGUCAGGUGUGUGAGGGGCUGAAGGUAUCCUACUGGUCUCAGGUGUGUGAGGGGCUGAAUGUAUCCUACUGGUCUCAGGUGUGUGAGGGGCUGAAGGUAUCCUACUGGUGUCAGGUGUGUGAGGGGCUGAAUGUAUCCUACUGGUCUCAGGUGUGUGAGGGGCUGAAUGUAUCCUACUGGUGUCAGGUGUGUGAGGGGCUGAAUGUAUCCUACUGGUGUCAGGUGUGUGAGGGGCUGAAUGUAUCCUACUGGUGUCAGGUGUGUGAGGGGCUGAAUGUAUCCUACGGGUGUCAGGUGUGUGAGGGGCUGAAGGUAUCCUACUGGUGUCAGGUGUGAGGGGCUGAAUGUAUCCUACUGGUGUCAGGUGUGUGAGGGGCUGAAUGUAUCCUACGGGUGUCAGGUGUGUGAGAGGCUGAAGGUAUCCUACUGGUGUCAGGUAGGUGAGGGGCUGAAGGUAUCCUACUGGUGUCUGGUGUGUGAGGGGCUGAAUGUAUCCUACUGGUGUCAGGUGUGUGAGGGGCUGAAGGUAUCCUACUGGUGUCAGGUGUGUGAGGGGCUGAAUGUAUCCAACUGGUCUCAAGUGUGUGAGGGGCUGAAUGAAUCCUACUGGUGUCAGGUGUGUGAGGGGCUGAAGGUAUCCUACUAGUGUCAGGUGUGUGAGGGGCUGAAUGUAUCCUACUGGUGUCAGGUGUAUGAGGGGCUGAAUGUAUCCUACUGGUGUCAGGUGUGUGAGGGGCUGAAGGUAUCCUACUGGUCUCAGGUGUGUGAGGGUCUGAAGGUAUCCUACUGGUGUCAGGUGUGUGAGGCGCUGAAGGUAUCCUACUGGUGUCAGGUGUGUGAGGGGCUGAAGGUAUCCUACUGGUGUCAGGUGUGUGAGGGGCUGAAGGUAUCCUACUGGUCUCAGGUGUGUGAGGGUCUGAAGGUAUCCUACUGGUGUCAGGUUAAGGCCCAGUGGCGUAUUGCCUUGUGUUAAUGCUUCCCUGCUCCUUCACUGGAAUUCAGGGAAUCUGCUUCAGUUAAAUAUUUUACUUGAGCACGGGCCAAGUCAUGGUAUAUGAUCUGUGUAUAUUUAUCGGUUAGCCAACGGUACAGGACAAAAGGACAUGGUUUCUCUUAUGGCCUUGCACAAUAGCAGCCUGUGAAGCAAGCCAAGGCAGGCUCGUUAAUCUGUCUGUGGAUUGGAGCGUCUUUUUAUGUGUUCAAUUAGAAAGCUCUGUUGAGCUCUAUGUGUUGCUGUCCGCUGAUCUUGUGGCCCUAUGUUUACUUGGUUCUCUUAUAUUGUAAUUGACACUUAAACAUGCCCUAAUGACUAGGUGUCUAUGGAAAAUAUGACUAUUUCAUUUCUCAUUGGUAACACAGGAUGUUUUUAAAUACACAUCACACUUUCCACCUCCGUCGUGUCCCAACAUGCUGUGUGUUUGCUGUUCCCUGGUCCUCUGAUGUUGACAGAGGCCCCAGUGAUCUCUGCAUUUCUUUCCAUAUCUCUAGCUGCCUCUCUCUUUCUCCCACUCUGUAGAACGUAAUCAGUCCCCUCCUUCCUCAACCACUCUCCCCACCUCCCUCAACCACUCUCCCCUCCUCCCUCAACCACUCUCCCCUCCUUCCUCAACCACUCUCCCCUCCUCCCUCAACCACUCUCCCCUCCUCCCUCAACCACUCUCCCCACCUCCCUCAACCACUCUCCCCACCUCCCUCAACCACUCUCCCCACCUCCCUCAACCACUCUCCCCUCCUCCCUCAACCACUCUCCCCACCUCCCUCAACCACUCUCCCCACCUCCUCAACCACUCUCCCCUCCUCCCUCAACCACUCUCCCCUCCCUCCCUCAACCACUCCUCCCCACCUCCCUCAACCACUCUCCCCACCUCCCUCAACCACUCUCCCCUCCUCCCUCAACCACUCUCCCCACCUCCCUCAACCACUCUCCCCUCCUCCCUCAACCACUCUCCCCCACCUCCCUCAACCACUCUCCCCCCCUCCCUCACCACUCUCCCCACCUCCCUCAACCACUCUCCCCCUCCUCCCUCAACCACUCUCCUCACCUCCCUCAACCACUCUCCCCUCCUCCCUCAACCACUCUCCCCACCUCCCUCAACCACUCUCCCCACCUCCCUCAACCACUCUCCCCUCCUCCCUCAACCACGAUGAUGGCUUGGUUAUUCAGAGUCACUGAUGUGGAGAGAACAUUUACGUGGGUGAGUGGGACAACAGGGUGUAACACUCAGAGCCCAAAAGAGGGUAUAAUAGGGGCAUUCUGCGGUGGCCCUGCCCCCUCUGAACACCCACGGGUGCUGAGGGAGCUAUCCAGUUCAUCACUCACAGAUUAUGACAGCAAACCAAAGAUGAGGUCACAACAACACUAUUUACUGUCUCUAUUAUUACGGCCAGCGUCCAGGUGUGAGGAGCCGGAAGCAGCACAACCACUAGAAUGUCAUAAAGACCAACUCCAACUUCAGUCGAAGGGAACAAGUGAUUUAUUUACCUCUCUUAAAUGUUCACAUCUGACUCCUGGCCUGAGGACAGUAAAGUCACCUGACCCUUGUCACCUGUCUUAUGUAACCUGAUCUGAUACCAUUAUGACCUGACCUAUUUAACCUGAUCUGAUACCAUUAUGACCUGUCCUAUGUAACCUGAUCUGAUACCAUUAGACCUGUCCUAUGUAACCUGAUCUGAUACCAUUAUGACCUGACCUAUGUAACCUGAUCUGAUACCAUUAUGACCUAACCUAUGUAACCUGAUCUGAUAACAUUAUGACCUGUCCUAUGUAACCUGAUCUGAUAGCAUUAUGACCUGUCCUAUGUAACCUGAUCUGAUACCAUUAUGACCUGUCCUAUGUACCCUGAUCUGAUACCAUUAUGACCUGUUCUAUAUAACCUGAUCUGAUACCAUUAUGACCUGUCCUAUGUAACCUGAUCUGAUACCAUUAUGACCUGUCCUAUGUAACCUGAUCUGAUACCAUUAUGACCUGUCCUAUGUAACCUGAUCUGAUACCAUUAUGACCUGUCCUAUGUAACCUGAUCUGAUACCAGUAUGACCUGUCCUAUGUAACCUGAUCUGAUACCAUUAUGACCUGUCCUAUGUAACCUGAUCUGAUACCAUUAUGACCUGUCCUAUGUAACCUGAUCUGAUACCAUUAUGACCUGUCCUAUGUAACCUGAUCUGAUACCAUUAUGACCUGUUCUAUGUAACCUGAUCUGAUACCAUUAUGACCUGUCCUAUGUAACCUGAUCUGAUACCAUUAUGACCUGUUCUAUGUAACCUGAUCUGAUACCAUUAUGACCUGUUCUAUGUAACCUGAUCAGAUACCAUUAUGACCUGACCUAUGUAACCUGAUCUGAUACCAUUAUGACCUGUCCUAUGUAACCUGAUCUGAUACCAUUAUGACCUGACCUAUGUAACCUGAUCUGAUAGCAUUAUGACCUGUCCUAUGUAACCUGAUCUGAUAGCAUUAUGACCUGUCCUAUGUAACCUGAUCUGAUACCAUUAUGACCUGUCCUAUGUACCCUGAUCUGAUACCAUUAUGACCUGUUCUAUAUAACCUGAUCUGAUACCAUUAUGACCUGUCCUAUGUAACCUGAUCUGAUACCAUUAUGACCUGUCCUAUGUAACCUGAUCUGAUACCAUUAUGACCUGUCCUAUGUAACCUGAUCUGAUACCAUUAUGACCUGUCCUAUGUAACCUGAUCUGAUACCAGUAUGACCUGUCCUAUGUAACCUGAUCUGAUACCAUUAUGACCUGUCCUAUGUAACCUGAUCUGAUACCAUUAUGACCUGUUCUAUGUAACCUGAUCUGAUACCAUUAUGACCUGUCCUAUGUAACCUGAUCUGAUACCAUUAUGACCUGUCCUAUGUACCCUGAUCUGAUACCAUUAUGACCUGUCCUAUGUAACCUGAUCUGAUACCAUUAUGACCUGACCUAUGUAACCUGAUCUGAUACCAUUAUGACCUGUCCUAUGUAACCUGAUCUGAUAACAUUAUGAUGGAGUAACUAAUCAUCGGGUAUUUUGUGUUCUCUUCCUUCUGCUUCCCUGUCCUCAAUUCCCCCUCAGCUCUCAGUGUGGUGGGACAGCAGCUCCCCUCAAGCCCGCAUGGCUGCAUGGAGGGCAGCUGUUACCCAGCAACAGGCAACCUGCUGGUUGGCCGAGCCAUUAAUCUGACCGCCACCUCCACUUGUGGUCUUCAUGGGCCAGAACACUACUGUAUAGUCAGCCACCUGCAGGUGAGAACACACACGCACACACACACACGCACGCACGCACGCACGCACGCACGCACGCACGCACGCACGCACGCACGCACGCACGCACGCACGCACGCACGCACGCACGCACGCACGCACGCACACACACACACACACACACACACACACACACACACACACACACACACACACACACACACACACACACACACACACACACCUGGACUUGAAACUGAACUGUUUCAAUGUCAGUCCCAGGUAUAAAGCGCACCCCACCUACCUCCCUCUCCCCACCCCUCCCUCCCUCCCUACCUUCAUCCUUCCUCCCUCUCCCCACCCCUCCCUCCCUACCUCCAUCCUUCCUCCCUCUCCCCAUCCCUCCCUCCCUACCUUCAUCCUUCCUCCCUCUCCCCACCCCUCCCUCCCUCCCUGCCUCCAUCCUUCCUCCCUCUCCCCACCCCUCCCUCCCUACCUCCAUCCUUCCUCCCUCUCCCCACCCCUCCCUCCCUACCUCCAUCCUUCCUCCCUCUCCCCACCCCUCCCUCACUCCCUACCUCCAUCCUUCCUCCCUCUUCCCAUCCCUCCCUCCCUACCUCCAUCCUUCCUCCCUCUCCCCACCCCUCCCUCCCUACCUACAUCCUUCCUCCCUCUCCCCACCCCUCCCUCCCUCCCUCCCUCCCUCCCUACCUCCAUCCUUCCUUCCUUCCUUCCUUCCUUCCUUCCUUCCUUCCUUCCUUCCUUCCUUCCUUCCUUCCUUCCUUCCUUCCUUCCUUCCUUCCUUCCUUCCUUCCUUCCUUCCUUCCUUCCUUCCUUCCUUCCUUCCUUCCUUCCUUCCUUCCUUCCUUCCUUCCUUCCUUCCUUCCUUCCUUCCUCAACUCCCCCUUCCUCUCUCCCCUCCCCCUCACACUCCCAUCCUCCCUUCCCACUCCCCCCUCCCCCUCCUCCCUCAACUCCCCCUUCCUCUCUCCCCUCCCCCUCACACUCCCAUCCUACCUACCUGCUCCCCCUCCCCUCCCCCCUCAACUCCCCCUUCCUCUCUCUCCUCCCCCUCACACUCCCAUCCUCCCUACCCACUCCCCCUCCCCUCCCCCCUCACCCUCACCCUCCCGUCCUCCCUGCCCCCCUCACCCUCACCCUCCCGUCCUCCCUGCCCCCUCACCCUCACCCUCCCACUUCCAUCCCCCCUCCCCGCUCCCCCUCCCCUCCCCUCACCCCUCAACUCCCCCUCCCGUCUUCCCUGCCCCCCUCACCCUCACCCUCCCGUCCUCCCUGCCCCCUCACCCUCACCCUCACCCUCCCGUCCUCCCUGCCCCCUCACCCUCCCGUCCUCCCUGCCCCCCUCACCUUCACCCUCUCCUCCUCCCUGUCCCCCUCACUCUCCACCCAAUGUGCUCCACAGUAGUUAAGACUAUGAUCCGGGGGAACAUGUGACCGCUGCCUCUGGCUCUGGUCCCAAUAGCUAUUACCACUGCCUGGCUCCAGUCCCACUAGCUGCCAUUGUGACUUGCAAACGAGUGCCCGGCCCACAUUUGGGGUUUCCAUAGGCAACCAGGGCUUUACUAUUGGUGGUGUCAAACUCAUGGAUACACGUCAGGCCAAUGUUGUAAUUAACAAGUCUAUUUAAGUCAGUGUUACUAUAUCACACCUAAACAGAUUCCAAAUGGGGUCAUGUGGUAUAAACAUGAUAUAUACCUACUGCUUCUUUCUCCCUGUAGGAAUCAGACAAGUGUUUUGCGUGUAACUCUCAGCAUCCUUAUGACCCGUACCACCACAAAAACAGUCACCGCGUGGAGAACGUCAUCCAACUCAAGGACAGCAACGAGGACCUCACCUGGUGGCAGUCUGUCAACGGUGUGUGUGUGUGUGUGUAUGUGUGUGUGUAUGUGUGUGUGUGUGUGUGUCAUCUGUGAUAAUCCCUCAUUGUGUUCUGUGUGAUUUAUUCCCUACAGGAGAGGAGGUCGUCAGUAUCAGACUGAAUCUGGAGGCAGAAUUCCACUUCACUCACCUCAUCAUGAAGUUUAAGGUGAGCGCUGUCUGAUGGCUGGCUGCUCAGGAAUUUGUCGAGUAAUAUCCAAGAGACAUCAAUUCAAAACGAUCUACAAACCUUACCAAUAAAACAGACAUGUAAUAAACAUCACAGAAAUGAUUCUGAAUAAGUCCCAGACGUUACUGAAUACUGUUCCCGCUAUCUUUCCAUAGACAUUCCGACCUGCCGCCAUGCUGAUAGAGCGUUCGGCUGAUUUUGGUCGCUCCUGGAGACCGUACCGUUAUUUUGCCUACAACUGCUCCAAGACGUUCCCCAGAGUGCCUGCCCACGCACGCCACCAUAUCAAUGAUGUCAUCUGUGAGGAGAGAUACUCUGACAUCGAGCCCUCCACGGAAGGAGAGGUGAUGCCAUAGAGGGAAACUAUACCACCAUGAGAUAUCCUCCUUUAUAUUUACAUUUACAUUUACGUCAUUUAGCAGACACUCUUAUCCAGAGCGACUUACAAAUUGGUGCAUUCACCUUAUAGCCAGUGGGAUAACCACUUUACAAUAUGUUUAUUUUAUUUUUUUGGGUGGGUGGGGUAAGGGGGGGUAGAAGGAUUACUUUAUCCUAUCCCAGGUAUUCCUUAAAGAGGUGGGGUUUCAAGUGUCUCCGGAAGGUGGUGAGUGACUCCGCUGUCCUGGCGUCGUGAGGGAGCUUGUUCCACCAUUGGGGUGCCAGAGCAGCGAACAGUUUUGACUGGGCUGAGCGGGAACUGUGCUUCCGCAGAGGUAGGGGGGCCAGCAGGCCAGAGGUGGAUGAACGCAAUGCCCUCGUUUGGGUGUAGGGACUGAUCAGAGCCUGAAGGUACGGAGGUGCCGUUCCCCUCACAGCUCCGUAGGCAAGCACCAUGGUCUUGUAGCAGAUGCGAGCUUCAACUGGAAGCCAGUGGAGUGUGCGGAGGAGCGGGGUGACGUGAGAGAACUUGGGAAGGUUGAACACCAGACGGGCUGCGGCAUUCUGCAUGAGUUGUGGGGGUUUAAUGGCACAGGCAGGGAGCCCAGCCAACAGCGAGUUGCAGUAAUCCAGACGGGAGAUGACAAGUGCCUGGAUUAGGACCUGUGCCGCUUCCUGUGUAAGGCAGGGUCGUACUCUCCGAAUGUUGUAGAGCAUGAACCUACAGGAUCGGGUCACCGCCUUGAUGUUAGCGGAGAAUGACAGGGUGUUGUCCAGGGUCACGCCAAGGCUCUUCGCACUCUGGGAGGAGGACACAACGGAGUUGUCAACCGUGAUGGCGAGAUCAUGGAACGGGCAGUCCUUCCCCGGGAGGAAGAGCAGCUCCGUCUUGCCGAUGUUCAGCUUGAGGUGGUGAUCCGUCAUCCACACUGAUAUGUCUGCCAGACAUGCAGAGAUGCGAUUCGCCACCUUGGUUAUCAGAAGGGGGAAAGGAGAAGAUUAGUUGUGUGUCAUCUGCGUAGCAAUGAUAGGAGAGGCCAUGUGAGGAUAUGACAGAGCCAAGUGACUUGGUGUAUAGCGAGAAUAGGAGAGAGUCUAGAACUGAGCCCUGGGGGACACCAGUGGUGAGAGCACGUGGUGCGGAGACAGAUUCUCGCCACGCCACUUGGUAGGAGCGACCGGUCAGGUAGGUCGUAAUCCAAGAGUGAGCCGCGCCGGAGAUGCCCAACUCGGAGAGGAGGAUCUGAUGGUUCACAGUAUCAAAGGCAGCAGACAGGUCUAGAAGGACAAGAGCAGAGGAGAGAGAGUUAGCUUUAGCAGUGCGGAGAGCCUCCGUGACACAGAGAAGAGCAGUCUCAGUUGAAUGACCAGUCUUGAAACCUGACUGGUUUGGAUCAAGAAGGUCAUUCUGAGAGAGAUAGCAAGAGAGUUGGCUAAAGAUGGCACGCUCAAGCGUUUUGGAGAGAAAAGAAAGAAGGGAUACUGGUCUGUAGUUGUUGACAUCGGAGGGAUCGAGUGUAGGUUUUUUGAGAAGGGGUGCAACUCUCGCUCUCUUGAAGACGGAAGGGACAUAGCCAGCGGUCAAGGAUGAGUUGAUGAGCGAGGUGAGGUAAGGGAGAAGGUCACCGGAGAUGGUCUGGAGAAGAGAGGAGGGGAUAGGGUCAAGCGGGCAGGUUGUUGGGCGGCCGGCCGUCACAAGUCGCAAGAUUUCAUCUGGAGAGAGAGGGGAGAAAGAAGUCAAAGAAUAGGAUAGGGCAGUGUGAGCAGGACCAGCAGUGUCAUUUGACUUAACAAUGUCGUCAACCUUCUUUUCAAAAUGGUUGACGAAGUCAUCCACAGAGAGGGAGGAGGGGGGGGAGGGGGAGGAGGAUUCAGCAGGGAGGAGAAGCUGGCAAAGAGCUUCCUAGGGUUAGAGGCAGAUGCUUGGAAUUUAGAGUGGUAGAAAGUGGCUUUAGCAGCAGAAACAGAGGAAGAAAAUGUAGAGACGAUGGAGUGAAAAGAUGCCAGGUCCGCAGGGAGUCUAGUUUUCCUCCAUUUCCAAAGGGAGGAGAGGAGGGUUGAGGAGGCAGAAUCAGGAGAUUGGAGGGAGAAGGAUUGAGCAGAGGGAAGAGAUGAUAGGAUGGAAGAGGAGAGAGUAGCGGGAGAGAGAGAGCGAAGGUUGCGACGGCGCAUUACCAUCUGAGUAGGGGCAGAGUGAGUAGUGUUGGAGGAGAGCGACAGAGAAAAGGAUACAAAGUAGUGGUCGGAGACAUGGAGGGGAGUUGCAGUGAGAUUAGUAGAAGAACAGUAUCUAGUAAAGAUGAGGUCAAGCGUAUUGCCUGCCUUGUGAGUAGGGGGGGACGGUGAGAGGGUGAGGUCAAAAGAGGAGAGGAGUGGAAAGAAGGAGGCAGAGAGAAAUUAGUCAAAGGUAUACGUAGGGAGGUUAAAGUCACCCAGAACUGUGAGGGGUGAGCCAUCCUCAGGAAAGGAACUUAUCAAGGCGUCAAGCUCAUUGAUGAACUCUCCAAGGGAACCUGGAGGGCGAUAAAUGACAAGGAUGUUAAGCUUGAAUGGGCUAGUGACUGUGACAGCAUGGCAUUCAAAUGAGGAGAUAGACAGAUGGGUCAGGGGAAAAAGAGAGAAUGUCCACUUGGGAGAGAUGAGGAUUCCUGUGCCACCACCCCGCUGACCAGAUGCUCUCGGGGUAUGCGAGAACACAUGGUCAGACGAGGAGAGAGCAGUAGGAGUAGCAGUGUUUUCAGUGGUAAUCCAUGUUUCCGUCAGCGCCAAGAAGUCGAGGGACUGGAGGGUAGCAUAGGCUGAGAUGAACUCUGCCUUGUUGGCCGCAGAACGGCAGUUCCAGAGGCUGCCGGAGACCUGGAACUCCACGUGGGUCGUGCGUGCAGGGACCACCAGGUUAGAGAGGCAGCAGCCACGCAAUGUGAGGCGUUUGUAUAGCCUGUGCGGAGAGGAGAGAACAGGGAUAGACAGAGGCAUAGUUGACAGGCUACAGAAAAUGACUACAAUAAUGCAAAGGAGAUCGGAAUGAAAUGAACUAAACAUCUGGGAAAGCGAGAGAGCGGGGUCUCCCUCACUUACGUUUCACUGAAACACCCAAAUAUAACUCUCCCAACUUCCACCUCAGAGGGGUAGCCUACAUUGUCUAAUUCUCUGUAUGGUAAUAAUAAUAAAUAUUAUUUUGUAAAGUGGUUUCUUGCAUCAUACAACACAAUCCAAUUUACAGUUACCUAUUUGGCCCAUGGUGUUACAAACCAAGUAAAAAAAUCAAGAAUUCAUGUCAAGCCCUUCAUAAUGUCAAAAUGUGUUUUAAAGUAUCCUGCAAUGCAGGCCGGCAUUGAACACCACAUAUAGGCUACUGUAGGCUAUGUCAUAUAAAUAAAAAGCUAUCUAGAACUGUAAGGGUACAGCCUCAGUGUUCACUGUAAACGCGCGCGGGAAGUUGCGCAAAAGUCUCACAGUGUUCAAGUUUCCGCUCACAAGACCUAUAAUUUGCUCAGUUCCCCAAAAAACUAUUUUAUUUAAAUAAAUCCUGCUUCACUUUGGAAAGUAGAAGGAAUAUUGUAAAAGCAACGCUUCUCCCAGUGCUUGAUUAUGGUGAUGUCAUCUACAGGCAUACAGCAGCCUCUGUUUUAAAACCUUUAGCACUGUGUUUUAUCACAGUGUUCAUAUAAAAGUUAAAUAAAAAAAUGCAAUAUAAAUACAAAAUAUGUAUUUUGAACACGGCACCCAAAUAUACAUUUUUGACUAGAAACAUUUUAACUGAGCCAAUUUCUCUUUCUGUAUUAUUUAUCUAGUCAAAACAUGUCACUACACCUCUACACAUCACCAUUGGGACAAUCCAAUUUGCUAGACCCCAUUAUUUUCUAUAAUGCAUAUGACUAGAUUUUGUCAGCAUAAAGGACACAACAAAUAAAUAAAUAAAACAACAAAUAUAUACAUUUUUUAUUUUUUUAUUUUUUAUGUGUUUUAAAAUGACCCACUUACUGUUGGGGAGUGGAACCAGAGAGGAAGCUUGUGUUACCUUUCUCACACCACUACAGUAUUCAUUUCAACAGACCCUUUCCAUCCCCCUUUGUUAGAGUUCAAUAUAUGCCCAGGACUAUAUUGAGGUUCAGGCUGUUGUAAUGUCCAGUUGAUUAUGUAAAUAGUAUUGUAGAACUCUGGUAUUGAUGGUCCAUUUGAGGGUGAGUCAUUGAUAUGAAUGUAUGAUUACAACGGAUCUGUUCAUGAACUGUUAGUUCAAUCUCUUUAUUACUUUUUCAUCUCUUUCAGGUCAUUUAUAAAGUGCUUGACCCUGCCAUACAUGUGAAAGACCCAUACAGUCUUGAGAUUCAAGGUGAGACAAAUACUUGGGAAAUGAGAUCAAUUCAGAGAACAAGUCAGAGGACGACUGAAAGUAACCUAUGAAUUAUAAAUUCUGUAGGACAUUCAUUCCAAAAAAUGACAAAUGGAUGUAAACACCCGCUUUUAUUCCGUAGAGCUGCUGCGGAUCACCAACCUACGGAUCAAUUUCACCAAGCUGCACACCCUGGGAGAUAACCUGCUGGACCGGCGCUCUGACGUUCUGCAGAAGUACUACUACUCCCUGUAUGAGCUGGUGGUGAGGGGCAGCUGCUUCUGCUACGGACACGCCUCCGAGUGUGCCCCCGUACCAGGGGUGGACGCCAGGGACAACGGCAUGGUGGGUGGGACGGAGGCAUGGUGGGAGGGACAGGGGCGUGGUGGGUCAUGUCCAGUCAACUAUUUUUAGACCUUGGUUUACGUCACAUGUCCCUGUGUGGGAACCCAUGGUCAUUGCAUAUGAAGAUGACUGUGAACAAAAUGUCCAAGAGACAAUGAUAACUGUCAUGUUUUCUUUUUGUGCUGUGAUUGGUCAGAUCCAUGGGCGAUGUGUUUGCGAACACAACACUGAGGGGUUGAACUGUGAGCACUGCAGAGACUUCCACAAUGACCUGCCCUGGAGCCCAGCCGAGGCCGACAACCCUCACACAUGCAAAGGUGAGACUACACUUUAGUCACCGGUAGUAGUAAAACAACGCAAACUCACUUGUAGUGGGAGAAAUCUGUUGAUGUAAACAUCCAACCCCAAACCAUAUGUAGAAUGAACACUACACACAUAGCUGCAGAAACAACACGCAGGACCAUUUCUGAUGUUUGUGAUUUUUUGUUUCUUUACCCAGAAUGCAACUGUAACGGUCACUCCAACCAGUGUCACUUUGACAUGGCGGUGUACCUGUCCACGGGCAAUGCCAACGGUGGCGUCUGUGACGACUGUCUCCACAACACCAUGGGACGCACCUGUGAGAUGUGUAAACCCUUCUACUACCAGGACCCCAGCAGGGACAUCAGAGAUCCAGGAGUCUGUACUGGUGAGUAGAGGGGGUCUGGAAUAAAACACAUCAGAGACCCAGGAGUCUGUACUGGUGAGUAGAGGGGGUCUGGAAUAAAACACAUCAGAGAUCCAGGAGUCUGUACUGGUGGGUAGAGGGGGUCUGGAAUAAAACACAUCAGAGAUCCAGGAGUCUGUACUGGUGAGUAGAGGGGGUCUGGAAUAAAACACAUCAGAGACCCAGGAGUCUGUACUGGUGAGUAGAGGGGGUCUGGAAUAAAACACAUCAGAGACCCAGGAGUCUUUACUGGUGAGUAGAGGGGGUCUGGAAUAAAACACAUCAGAGAUCCAGGAGUCUGUACUGGUGAGUAGAGGGGGUCUGGAAUAAAACACAUCAGAGACCCAGGAGUCUUUACUGGUGAGUAUAGGGGGUCUGGAAUAAAACACAUCAGAGAUCCAGGAGUCUGUACUGGUGAGUAGAGGGGGUCUGGAAUAAAAACACAUCAGAGACCCAGGAGUCUGUACUGGUGAGUAGAGGGGGUCUGGAAUAAAACACAUCAGAGACCCAGGAGUCUGUACUGGUGAGUAGAGGGGGUCUGGAAUAAAACACAUCAGAGACCCAGGAGUCUGUACUGGUGAGUAGAGGGGGUCUGGAAUAAAACACAUCAGAGACCCAGGAGUCUGUACUGGUGAGUAGAGGGGGUCUGGAAUAAAACACAUCAGAGAUCCAGGAGUCUGUACUGGUGAGUAGAGGGGGUCUGGAAUAAAACACAUCAGAGAUCCAGGAGUCUGUACUGGUGAGUAGAGGGGGUCUGGAAUAAAACACAUCAGAGACCCAGGAGUCUGUACUGGUGAGUAGAGGGGGUCUGGAAUAAAACACAUCAGAGAUCCAGGAGUCUGUACUGGUGAGUAGAGGGGGUCUGGAAUAAAACACAUCAGAGAUCCAGGAGUCUGUACUGGUGAGUAGAGGGGGUCUGGAAUAAAACACAUCAGAGAUCCAGGAGUCUGUACUGGUGAGUAGAGGGGGUAUGGAAUAAAACACAUCAGAGACCCAGGAGUCUGUACUGGUGAGUAAAGGGGGUCUGGAAUAAAACACAUCAGAGACCCAGGAGUCUGUACUGGUGAGUAGAGGGGGUCUGGAAUAAAACACAUCAGAGAUCCAGGAGUCUGUACUGGUGAGUAGAGGGGGUCUGGAAUAAAACACAUCAGAGACCCAGGAGUCUGUACUGGUGAGUAGAGGGGGUCUGGAAUAAAACACAUCAGAGACCCAGGAGUCUGUACUGGUGAGUAGAGGGGGUCUGGAAUAAAACACAUCAGAGACCCAGGAGUCUGUACUGGUGAGUAGAGGGGGUCUGGAAUAAAACACAUCAGAGAUCCAGGAGUCUGUACUGGUGAGUAGAGGGGGUCUGGAAUAAAACACAUCAGAGAUCCAGGAGUCUGUACUGGUGAGUAGAGGGGGUCUGGAAUUAAACACAUCAGAGAUCCAGGAGUCUGUACUGGUGAGUAGAGGGGGUCUGGAAUAAAACACAUCAGAGACCCAGGAGUCUGUACUGGUGAGUAGAGGGGGUCUGGAAUAAAACACAUCAGAGAUCCAGAGGUCUGUACUGGUGAGUAGAGGGGGUCUGGAAUAAAACACAUCAGAGACCCAGGAGUCUGUACUGGUGAGUAGAGGGGGUCUGGAAUAAAACACAUCAGAGAUCCAGGAGUCUGUACUGGUGAGGAGAGGGGGUCUGGAAUAAAACACAUCAGAGAUCCAGGAGUCUGUACUGAUGAGUAGAGGGGGUCUGGAAUAAAACACAUCAGAGAUCCAGGAGUCUGUACUGGUGAGUAGAGGGGGUCUGGAAUAAAACACAUCAGAGACCCAGGAGUCUGUACUGGUGAGUAGAGGGGGUCUGGAAUAAAACACAUCAGAGAUCCAGGAGUCUGUACUGGUGAGUAGAGGGGGUCUGGAAUAAAACACAUCAGAGAUCCAGGAGUCUGUACUGGUGAGUAGAGGGGGUCUGGAAUAAAACACAUCAGAGAUCCAGGAGUCUGUACUGGUGAGUAGAGGGGGUAUGGAAUAAAACACAUCAGAGACCCAGGAGUCUGUACUGGUGAGUAAAGGGGGUCUGGAAUAAAACACAUCAGAGACCCAGGAGUCUGUACUGGUGAGUAGAGGGGGUCUGGAAUAAAACACAUCAGAGAUCCAGGAGUCUGUACUGGUGAGUAGAGGGGGUCUGGAAUAAAACACAUCAGAGACCCAGGAGUCUGUACUGGUGAGUAGAGGGGGUCUGGAAUAAAACACAUCAGAGACCCAGGAGUCUGUACUGGUGAGUAGAGGGGGUCUGGAAUAAAACACAUCAGAGACCCAGGAGUCUGUACUGGUGAGUAGAGGGGGUCUGGAAUAAAACACAUCAGAGAUCCAGGAGUCUGUACUGGUGAGUAGAGGGGGUCUGGAAUAAAACACAUCAGAGAUCCAGGAGUCUGUACUGGUGAGUAGAGGGGGUCUGGAAUUAAACACAUCAGAGAUCCAGGAGUCUGUACUGGUGAGUAGAGGGGGUCUGGAAUAAAACACAUCAGAGACCCAGGAGUCUGUACUGGUGAGUAGAGGGGGUCUGGAAUAAAACACAUCAGAGAUCCAGGAGUCUGAACUGGUGAGUAGAGGGGGUCUGGAAUAAAACACAUUAGUCUUGUGUUCUGCUGUCUGAAUACCUCUAUGUGUUGUUGGUUAUACAGUGUAGAUGGAAUACUCACUCUUUGCCCAUCUUGUCCUCUCUAUACACCACUCUGUCUCUCUAUCUUCCUGUUCUCCCUCUCUGUCUCCAGCGUGUGACUGUGAUCCUGUGGGUUCCAUGGAGGGAGGUAUAUGUGACAGCCACACAGACCAGGACAUGAGUAUGAUCGCGGGGCAGUGCCGCUGUAAGCUGAAUGUGAAGGGGACCCGCUGUGACUACUGCAAGGAGGGAUACUACGGCCUGAGCCAGAACGACCCACAGGGCUGCCAACGUGAGUGUGUGUGUGUGCGUGUGUGCGUGUGUGUGCACUUGUGUGUUUUUUUUUAAAUAUAUUGUUUUUUGGGGGCCGGGGGGAUGAACUCAAUAUACUUCAAAAUGACUAAAACCAAACCGAAACUGUGUAGAAAUGUGUAGAAGGACCAGCUGGAUAAUAAUCACCUAAAUGAAAGCUAGGCAGUCAGGGAGUCUCGAAAAUUCCCAAAACGAUGUAUAGAGGACCAUUUUUUGCUAAUUUGUACAGCGAGGAAAUAUAACACAUUUUCAGUGUGGCCCUCCGGACCUCGUUGAAGACCGAAUGCGGCCCCCUCAUUUGACACCCCUGGUGUAAACCGUAUGUGUGUGUGUGUGUGUGUGUGUGUGUGUUUGUUACCCUCAGCGUGUAACUGUGACCCUCGAGGGAUUAUAAUGCUGGGAGCACCAUGUGAUCAGAUCAGCGGGGACUGCUCCUGUAAGAGAUACGUCACAGGCCGCUACUGCAACCAGUGUCUGGUAAGACUGGCCCUGAGCGCUUCGUAGACCUUCUCACACACCGUUUGUCCCAUGUUAUACACUAUUCCUUUCUGAUGCCUCAUCUUGCAAUUAUUGUAUGGAAGUUUCUGAGGCUGUGGUCAUGAUGUGUGUGUCCCCUCCCCUUUAGCCAGAGUACUGGGGUCUCAGUAAUGACCUAGCAGGCUGCAGAGCAUGUGACUGUGACUUUGGUGGAGCCUACAGCAACAGGUACGCCCGACGUUGCAGGAGAAUUGCUUAUCUCUUGUGUGUGUGUGUUUGAUUGAUGGCACUGAAUAGGAAACUGUUCUUUAUUACUAGGUGUUACAUUCAAUCAAAUUAUCAUUACUGUACAUGUCUACGUUUCUUAACUGUUUGUUGACUCGCGAUUUGUAAAUGAGCGAGACUAUGACAUCUAUGUGUAUGUCUGUGUAUAUGCAGGUGUAUGGUUGAAAAUGGCCAGUGUGACUGUCGGAGGAAUCUGAUUGGUCGACAGUGUUCUGACGUGCAGCCUGGGUACUUCUGUGCCCCGCUGGACUACUACAAAUACGAGGCAGAGGACGCCGUUGGCCACUCACCUAGUGACCACAACCUUCCGGUGAGCAUACACAGUACAAACAGAAAAGCUGUCCACUAGGGCACCAUUCAUACGGUUGAUGACAUUUGAGUAUAGUCUAGUGUGAAUUUAGUCCUUACAAACAUACUUUGCUGAUCACAGCUCCCACCUGCUACAUUGAUGAAUGUAGAAUCCUUGGACGAUGUUUAGUCUUGCUCUGGAGAUAUUUUAGGAAGUGAAAUGUCUUGUGCUUUAAACAAUGUGUCUAAGUAAGCACCUUCCACUGAUAUACUAUCCGACCGUGCAAUUCUUUAUCUAUGAGACAUAUGGUUUCAGACUAAACCUUUUCAUGUUUGAUCUGGUACACAAGUUGUUAACUUCAGGUCAUUUCACUCUAUUAUUUUCUAUUCAAGGUCAUUCUCAGUGGAUUUGAAACUGUAUGUCUGCUUAGUCGCUGUGUAGAACAGUAUCUGAGGCCUUUAUCUGUACCUGGGUCCUGUUGUGGUGUUUGACUGGGUUUAUCUGUACCUGGGUUCGGACAGGGAGACAACAACAGACAGGGAGACAACAACAGCAGGCAGCAGCCCUCUGUUAUGUUACCUCAUAUCAUACCUCCUGUCUUCUCACCUCCCACAGGGCAAGCCUCAACAUCCUCUACUCAAAGCUACAUUAAAAAGGAAUGUGUAAAGGGGGUUGAUCGGUUGUGUUUUGUGAGAACAGAGUACAGGGCCUGCUGGGAUGGUGGGUCAUGCAGUAGCUGGACUCAUGGGUCAAGGGUCAACGGUUAAUGUGUUGUCACUUUCAAAAUGUUGCACGUUUGAAAACAUUAUUUAUAAUACUAUGGUGUCAAGGGUUGUGUGGUGGUCAUGUGGUGCUAUCGAUCAUAAUUAUAUCAAACCUAAUCCUAAUCACAUCAAUCCUAAUCAUAAUGAAAUAAAUCCUAAUCCUAAUCAUAUCAAUCCUAAUCAUAAUGAUAUCAAUCAUAAUUGUCUCUAGCACCACUUCCCCCCCUCUCUGUCUCUCUCUGUCUCUCUCUCUCUCUCUGUCUCUCUCUCCUCUCUCUCCUCUCUCUCUCUCAUCUCUACGUCCCUCCUCUCUCUGUCUAUCUAGCUAUAUAUAUGUAUAUAUAUAUAUAUAUGUGUAUAUCUCUCUCUCUCUCUUUGUCUUGUCCUUUUCUCUCUCUAUCUAUCUAUCUCUCUUCUCUCUCUCUCUCUCUCUCUCUCUCUCUCUCUCUCGCGCGCGCGCGCGCGCGCGCUAACCACACUGAUUAUUCUUUCUCAUUUCCUGGCGUCUCUUUCUCUCUUUUUAUUGACUUGGCAUCAGUUCUUGCUGAGCAACAGAACUCUUUUGAGGUUGAACUUGCAUUAGACGAGGGUGGCAGAAUGUUGCGUAUGUCAGAGGGCAGAAAGGCAUGUGUUGGCUAGCAUAGGUUCUGAGUGUUAGCUAGAGUGGGCCUGCAGACAGAGCAGACCAGAGCCCAGUAGCUAGACCACAGACAGGCUCCACUCAGAGCUAUGACACUGGCUCAGGGCUGAAGUGACCCAGAAAAAGAGUAGAUGCCAGAAUUAGUGCUGCCUGCCACACAAAUACAUACAUACAUACACACACGCACACACACACACACACACACACACACACACACACACACACACACACACACACACACACACACACACACACACACACACACACAGCCACAGCUCUCUCUGCCCCUCUCUCUCUCACACACACAUUCUAGCAAUAUAUCUCUAUCAACAUCUUUCCCUCACAUACACUCUCUCUCUCUCUCUCUCUUUCUCUGUCUGUUAGAAUGAAUGUGUCCGUGUGAUUUCCUCACUUUCAGCCCAGUCAAAGAACAUGUGCAGUUGUUCUGCUCCUAGCAAGGCAGGACACACUUUACCUAUUAGUCGAUAGUCAGUAAAUCAGUUGACCUAGUCCUCUCCUCCACCUCUCCCCAGGGCAAGGCCAGGCCCCAGGCUGAGGUCGACUGUGUGGAGCACCUCAACAACCAGCUGAGGAGACACAGGCGCCAUCAACGCAUCGCCAGCGCCCAGCAGCAGAGGGCAGCACUGAGACGCAUCCGCCAGCUGCAGCAAACGGUAACACACUACCUGUUCCUUCCCUCCAAAUAAAUAAAUCCAUAGAAAUAGUAUGUAUUAAUAUAAUUCUAUAAUAUUCUAAUCUAUUUAUUCAAUUUCUAUGAAUAAACAUGUUACUGACUUCUAUGUUUCCCUCUGCCUUCCCUUGCCUUGAACCACGGCAAAGGUCUUUGAUAUAGGUUGAAUUACAUCACACACAGAGAGCUUUGGAAGUUUAGGUUUUAGUGCACUUAGAAAGUUUUGCUGAUAAAUCCCAGUGAAAAGUGGCCCACACACACGGUAGAGAUAGUGGAGAAUUUCUCCACACAAACAUAUUCCACAUUCCAUAGAACAGUCAGGUGUCAGGUUGGUAGGCUGUAGGCUAUAGGCUAUGGGGAGGGCUGUAGGCUGUAGGCUGUAGGCUGUAGGCUAUGGGGAGGGCUGUAGGCUAUGGAGAGGGCUGUAGGCUAUGGAGAGGGCUGUAGGCUGUAGACUAUGGGGAGGGCUGUAGGCUAUGGAGAGGGCUGUAGGCUAUAGGCUAUGGGGAGGGCUGUAGGCUGUAGGCUAUGGGGAGGGCUGUAGGCUGUAGACUAUGGGGAGGGCUGUAGGCUAUGGAGAGGGCUGUAGGCUAUGUGGAGGGCUGUAGGCUAUGGAGAGGGCUGUAGGCUAUGGAGAGGGCUGUAGGCUAUGGGGAGGGCUGUAGGCUAUGGGGAGGGCUGUAGGCUGUAGGCUAUGGGGAGGGCUGUAGACUAUGGGGAGGGCUGUAGGCUAUGGGGAGGGCUGUAGGCUAUGGGGAGGGCUGUAGGCUAUGGGGAGGGCUGUAGGCUGUAGGCUAUGGGGAGGGCUGUAGGCUAUGGAGAGGGCUGUAGACUAUGGGGAGGGCUGUAGGCUAUGGGGAGGGCUGUAGGCUAUGGGGAGGGCUGUAGGCUGUAGGCUAUGGGGAGGGCUGUAGGCUAUGGAGAGGGCUGUAGGCUAUGGAGAGGGCUGUAGGCUGUAGACUAUGUGGAGGGCUGUAGGCUAUGGGGAGGGCUGUAGGCUAUAGAUAGGGCUGUAGGCUAUGGAGAGGGCUGUAGGCUGUUGAAUAUGUGGAGGGCUGUAGGCUAUGGGGAGGGCUGUAGGCUAUGGAGAGGGCUGUAUGCUAUGGGGAGGGCUGUAGGCUGUAGACUAUGUGGAGGGCUGUAGACUAUGUGGAGGGCUGUAGGCUGUAGACUAUGUGGAGGGCUGUAGGCUAUGGAGAGGGCUGUAGGCUAUGGAGAGGGCUGUAGGCUGUAGGCUAUGGGGAGGGCUGUAGGCUAUGGGGAGGGCUGUAGGCUGUAGGCUAUGGAGAGGGCUGUAGGCUGUAGACUAUGUGGAGGGCUGUAGGCUAUGGAGAGGGCUGUAGGCUAUGGAGAGGGCUGUAGGCUGUAGGCUAUGGGGAGGGCUGUAGGCUAUGGGGAGGGCUGUAGGCUGUAGGCUAUGGGGAGGGCUGUAGACUAUGGGGAGGGCUGUAGGCUAUGGAGAGGGCUGUAGGCUAUGGAGAGGGCUGUAGGCUGUAGGCUAUGGGGAGGGCUGUAGGCUAUGGGGAGGGCUGUAGGCUGUAGGCUAUGUGGAGGGCUGUAGACUAUGGGGAGGGCUGUAGGCUAUGGGGAGGGCUGUAGGCUAUGUGGAGGGCUGUAGGCUAUGAGGAGGGCUGUAGGCUAUGUAGAGGGCUGUAGGCUAUAGGGAGGGCUGUAGGCUAUGGGGAGGGCUGUAGGCUAUGUGGAGGGCUGUAGGCUAUGAGGGGGGCUGUAGGCUAUGUAGAGGGCUGUAGGCUAUAGGGAGGGCUGUAGGCUAUGGGGAGGGCUGUAGGCUAUGGAGAGGUCUGUAGGCUAUGUGGAGGGCUGUAGGCUAUGGGGAGGGCUGUAGGCUAUGGGGAGGGCUGUAGACUGUAGGCUAUGGGGAGGGCUGUAGACUAUGGGGAGGGCUGUAGGCUAUGGGGAGGGCUGUAGACUAUGGGGAGGGCUGUAGGCUAGUGGGGGGCUGUAGGCUAUGGGGAGGGCUGUAGGCUAUGUGGAGGGCUGUAGGCUAUGGGUGGGCUGUGGGUUGUAGGCUAAGGGUGGGCUGUGGGUUAUGGGUGGGCUGUGGCUGUGGCUGUAGGCUAUGGGUAGGCUGUGGGUGCAUGCCACCAGGGCCUGACAGGAGGAAUCUGAGUCCACCCAUACAGUACAUACAGGAAUGUGUUUGUUUAGCCAGCUCCCUGAAUAGUCUCUCUCCUCCACCACUCAGGUUUGAUGACCUGUCAGGAUGUCUUAACAGGGCUGUUUCAGAUGCUUUAGCUGGAACUUUCACUCCACUAGUUGGCAUAGUAACAGGUUUUAUCACAUGUAUAGUAUGUCUAUGUUUGUUGUUGCAUUUUUUUGAGUGCGUUUUCAUGUUUGUUCAUAUUCAUCUGUAAAUGUGUUUGUGUCUGUGACGUGUGUUUUGUGUGUUUAGUGUGUCUGCGAUGUUUGUUUAGUGUGUUUUGUGUGUCUCUGACAUGUGUUUAGUGUGUCUCUGACGUGUGUUUAGUGUGUCUGUGACGUGUAUUUUGUGUGUUUUGUGUGUCUGUGAUGUGUGUUUAGUGUGUUUAGUGUGUCUGUGACGUGUGUUUAGUGUGUUUAGUGUGUCUGUGACGUGUGUUUAGUGUGUUUUGUGUGUCUCUGACAUGUGUUUAGUGUGUCUCUGACGUGUGUUUAGUGUGUCUGUGACGUGUAUUUUGUGUGUUUAGUGUGUCUGUGACGUGUGUUUCGUGUGUUUAGUGUGUCUGUGACGUGUGUUUCGUGUGUUUAGUGUGUCUCUGACGUGUGUUUAGUGUGUCUGUGACGUGUAUUUUGUGUGUUUAGUGUGUCUGUGAUGUGUGUUUAGUGUGUUUAGUGUGUCUGUGACGUGUGUUUCGUGUGUUUAGUGUGUCUGUGACGUGUGUGUUUUAGUGUGUUGUUAGUGUGUCUCUGACAGUGUGUUUUAGUGUGUCUGUGACGUUGGUGUUUAGUGUGUUUAGUGUGUCGUGUGUGAGUGUGUUUAGUGUGUUUUGUGUGUUUGAGUGUGUUUAGUGUGUCUCUGACGUGUGUUUAGUGUGUCUGUGACGUGAUGUGUUUAGUGUGUUUAGUGUGUGUCUGUGAUGUGUGUUUGGUGUGUUUAGUGUGUCUGUAGUGUGUUGUGCGUGUUUGUGUUUAGUGUGUCUGUGACGUGUCUUUCGUGUGUUUAGUGUGUCUGUGACGUGUGUUUAGUGUGUGUAGUGUGUCUCUGACGUGUGUUUAGUGUGUCUGUGACGUGUGUUUAGUGUGUUUAGUGUGUCUGUGACGUGUGUUUCGUGUGUUUAGUGUGUCUGUGACGUGUGUUUCGUGUGUUUAGUGUGUCUGUGACGUUUGUUUAGUGUGUUUAGUGUGUCUGUGAUGUUUGUUUAGUGUGUUUUGUGUGUCUCUGACGUGUGUUUAGUGUGUCUCUGACGUGUGUUUAGUGUGUCUGUGACGUGUAUUUUGUGUGUUUAGUGUGUCUGUGAUGUGUGUUUAGUGUGUUUAGUGUGUCUGUGACAUGUGUUUCGUGUGUUUAGUGUGUCUGUGACGUGUGUUUCGUGUGUUUAGUGUGUCUGUGACGUGUGUUUAGUGUGUUUAGUGUGUUCCUCUUUAAGGAAUACCUGGGAUAGGAUAAAGUAAUCCUUCUACCCCCCCGCCCCCCCCCAAAAAAAAAAAAAAAAAAAUACAUAUUGUAAAGUGGUUAUCCCACUGGCUAUAGGGUGAAUGCACCUAUUUGUAAGUCGCUCUGGAUAAGAGCGUCUGCUAAAUGACGUAAAUGUAAAUGUAAUGUAAAUGUGUGUCUCUGACGUGUGUUUAGUGUGUCUGUGACGUGUGUUUAGUGUGUUUAGUGUGUCUGUGAUGUUUGUUUAGUGUGUUUAGUGUGUCUGUGAUGUUUGUUUAGUGUGUUUAGUGUGUCUGUGACGUGUGUUUAGUGUGUUUAGUGUGUCUCUGACAUGUGUUUAGUGUGUUUAGUGUGUCUCUGACGUGUGUUUAGUGUGUCUGUGACGUGUGUUUCGUGUGUUUAGUGUGUCUGUGAUGUUUGUUUAGUGUGUUUAGUGUGUCUGUGACGUGUGUUUAGUGUGUUUAGUGUGUCUCUGACGUGUGUUUAGUGUGUCUGUGACAUGUGUUUAGUGUGUUUAGUGUGUCUGUGACGUGUGUUUAGUGUGUUUAGUGUGUAUGUGAUGUUUGUUUAGUGUGUCUGUGACAUGUGUUUAGUGUGUCUGUGACGUGUGUUUAGUGUGUCUGUGACAUGUGUUUAGUGUGUUUAGUGUGUCUGUGACGUGUGUUUAGUGUGUUUAGUGUGUCUGUGACGUGUGUUUAGUGUUUUUUUAGUGUGUCUGUGACGUGUGUUUAGUGUGUUUUUAGUGUGUCUGUGACGUGUGUUUAGUGUGUCUGUGACAUGUGUUUAGUGUGUUUAGUGUGUCUGUGACGUUGUGUUUAGUGUGGUUUAGUGUGUCUGUGACGUGUGUUUAGUGUUUUUUUUAGUGUGUCUGUGACGUGUGUUUAGUGUGUUUUUAGUGUGUCUGUGACGUGUGUUUAGUGUGUCUGUGACAUGUGUUUAGUGUGUUUAGUGUGUCUGUGACGUGUGUUUAGUGUGUUUACUGUGUCUGUCACGUGUGUUUAGUGUUUUUUUAGUGUGUCUGUGACGUGUUUUUAGUGUGUUUUUAGUGUGUCUGUGACGUGCGUUUAGUGUGUCUGUGACGUGUGUUUAGUGUUUCUGUAACGUGUGUUUAGUGUGUUUAGUGUGUUUAGUGUGUCUGUGACGUGUGUUUAGUGUGUUUAGUGUGUUUAGUGUGUUUAGUGUUUCUGUAACGUGUGUUUAGUGUGUUUAGUGUGUCUGUGACGUGUGUUUAGUGUGUUUUUAGUGUGUCGUGUUAAAGGGUCAUCCUCUGUGUUUUCCAGCCGGAUGUGAGGAGUGUCCACAGGGAGAGAUCCCAGGGUCACAUGGUCACCUGGACUGGACCUGGUUUUGCCCGGGUCAAAGAUGGAGCUGGACUGGUCUUCACCAUAGACAACAUCCCCCAUGCCAUGGACUAUGACAUCACGAUCCGCUAUGAGCCAGAGGUACAGCAUGCUUCAUGUCUUCCCCACAUUGCACUGCUGCUGUACGGUAAUACCAGGCCAACCCAAUGUAGAGUAUUACACUUUGGAAGACCCUUAAAUAAGUCUGUAUUUGUAACACAUUGACAAUCGCAGAAAUGUAAAUGUUGUCUCUCUCCUUUCUGUCUCUGCUGGAGAGUUGGACAUAUGAUAACAAUGUAACAGUGUGGAACCAAUGCUGUUACCACCCUUUAAAACACUGCCUGUUGUGUGUGUGUGUGUGUUUGUAGUCUACAGAAGACUGGGAGGCCAUAGUGAGCGUUACCUCCCAGCUGCUACCGUCUAGCUCCCGCUGUGGCAACCUGCUGCCUACUGAACAGCUCUAUACAGUCACCCUGCCACACCACAGGAGGUAAUACUGAUAAAACCAACCCUAACCCUAACCCCAACCCCAACCCCAACCCUAACCCUAACCCUAACCCUAACCCUAACCCUAACCCUAACCUCCUGCCUACUGAACAGCUCGAUACAGUCACCCUGCCACACCACAGGAGGUAAUACUGAUAAAACCAACCCUAACCCUAAGCCUAACCCUAACCCUAACCUCCUGCCUACUGAACAGCUCUAUACAGUCACCCUGCCACACCACAGGAGGUAAUACUGAUAAAACCAACCCUAACCCUAACCCCAACCCUAACCCUAACCCUGACCCUAACUUCCUGCCUACUGAACAGCUCGAUACAGUCACCCUGCCACACCACAGGAGGUAAAACUGAUAGAACCAACCCUAACCCUAACCCCAACCCUAACCUCCUGCCUACUGAACAGCUCGAAACAGUCACCCUGCCACACCACAGGAGGUACUACUGAUAGAGCCAACCCUAACCCCAACCCCAACCCUAACCCCAACCCUAACCCUAACCUCCUGCCUACUGAACAGCUCGAUACAGUCACCCUGCCACACCACAGGAGGUACUACUGAUAGAACCAACCCCAACCCUAACCCCAACCCCAACCCCAACCCUAACCCUAACCCUAACCCUAACCCUAACCCUAACCCUAACCCUAACCCUAACCUCCUGCCUACUGAACAGCUCGAUACAGUCACCCUGCCACACCACAGGAGGUAAUACUGAUAAAACCAACCCUAACCCUAACCCCAACCCUAACCCUAACCCUGACCCUAACUUCCUGCCUACUGAACAGCUCGAUACAGUCACCCUGCCACACCACAGGAGGUAAAACUGAUAGAACCAACCCUAACCCUAACCCCAACCCUAACCUCCUGCCUACUGAACAGCUCGAAACAGUCACCCUGCCACACCACAGGAGGUACUACUGAUAGAGCCAACCCUAACCCCAACCCCAAUCCUAACCCCAACCCUAACCCUAACCUCCUGCCUACUGAACAGCUCGAUACAGUCACCCUGCCACACCACAGGAGGUACUACUGAUAGAACCAACCCCAACCCUAACCCCAACCCCAACCCCAACCCUAACCCUAACCCUAACCCUAACCCUAACCCUAACCCUAACCCUAACCCUAACCCUAACCUCCUGCCUACUGAACAGCUCGAUACAGUCACCCUGCCACACCACAGGAGGUAAUACUGAUAAAACCAACCCUAACCCUAACCCCAACCCCAACCCUAACCCUAACCCUAACCCUAACCCCAACCCCAACCCAACCCCAACCCUAACCCUAACCUCCUGCCUACUGAACAGCUCGAUACAGUCACCCUGCCACACCACAGGAGGUACUACUGAUAGAACCAACCCCAACCCUAACCCCAACCCCAACCCCAACCCUAACCCUAACCCUAACCCUAACCCUAACCCUAACCCUAACCUCCUGCCUACUGAACAGCUCUAUACAGUCACCCUGCCACACCACAGGUGUGUGUCUGUGUGUGUCUGUCUCUGUGUGUGUCUGUGUGUGUGUGUCUCUGUGUGUGUGUGUGUGUGUGUGUGUGUGUGUGUGUUCGUGUGUGGAUAAGAGCGUCUGCUUAAUAACUCAAAUGUAAAAUGUGUGUGUACGUGUGCAUGUGUGUGUGAGAGAGUGUGUGUGUGUUUUAGUAUAGGUUUUAAUAGAUAUGUUUCCCAUAUAUGUGUCGUUAAUGUGUACAAACCUGUAUGUCAGUAUAUGUGUGGUCUCUUGAAUAAUCUCAUGUAUAAAUUUAACAGUGACUCCUAUUAUAUUAUCAAACCUUCUAGCAAUAUUUACUAUCCAGCUGAUCAACUGAUUACUAAGGAUUUCAUGCCAUUCCUAAAAUGUGUUGGAUAUCCCACUUUAUUAUAUGAUACAGAAAUAGGAGACAGUGUCCUGUAGCUUAGCUCUGGGUGUGAGAGAAUAUUAUUCUGAUAAGGUCAUGGAUAGUGUGUUGAGAUUGAGGAACCUUGAAAACGCCCAGUCUGAGUGAGAGCAAGUUACUGUAGGUUAAUUUAGAUUGUUUUAGAUUUAUUGAGCUAAGCGUCUGCUUGAGAUCACAGAUGGUUAAGAUAAAAGCUUGCCAAAAGUUAAAGCAUUAUUGAGUGAUUUGACUGUGAACAUUUUCCCUGUGUGUAUGGCUGUUCACAAUGAGCGUCCACCCGGGGGGGGCCUUAAAGAGAAUACUGUUAGGAGAGCAUGUUUAACCAGGAGGGGGGGCCUUAAAGGGAAUACUGUUAGGAGAGCAUGUUUAACCAGGAGGGGGGGGCCUUAAAGAGAAUACUGUUAGGAGAGCAUGUUUAACCAGGAGGGGGGGCCUUUAAGGGAAUACUGUUAGGAGAGCAUGUUUAACCAGGAGGGGGGGGGGGGGGGGGGCUUUAAGGAAUACUGUUAGGAGAGCAUGUUUAACCAGGAGGGGGGGGCCUUUAAGGGAAUACUGUUAGGAGAGCAUGUUUAACCAGGAGGGGGGGGCCUUAAAGGGAAUACUGUUAGGAGAGCAUGUUUAACCAGGAGGGGGGGGGCCUUAAAGAGAAUACUGUUAGGAGAGCAUGUUUAACCAGGAGGGGGGGGCCUUUAAGGGAAUUCUGUUAGGAGAGCAUGUUUAACCAGGAGGGGGGGGGGGGGGGGGGCUUUAAGGGAAUACUGUUAGGAGAGCAUGUUUAACCAGGAGGGGGGGGCCUUUAAGGGAAUACUGUUAGGAGAGCAUGUUUAACCAGGAGGGGGGAGGGCCUUUAAGGGAAUACUGUUAGGAGAGCAUGUUUAACCAGGAGGGGGGGGGCCUUUAAGGGAAUACUGUUAGGAGAGCAUGUUUAACCAGGAGGGGGGGGCCUUUAAGAGAAUACUGUUAGGAGAGCAUGUUUAACCAGGAGGGGGGGGGGGGGGGGGGGGGGGCUUUAAGGGAAUACUGUUAGGAGAGCAUGUUUAACCAGGAGGGGGGGGCCUUUAAGGGAAUACUGUUCGGUGAGCAUGUACUUUCAUUACAGCUAAUAUAUACUGUUUGCUAUCAGCAGUAAAGAUGUUGUGCUCCUUCCCUUUAACUUUGCUCUGAGAAACACUAGCCCUGCCGCCACAGUCGUCUUUACAAGGUGUUACCUGCCGUGUGUUUGCCUGUCCUGCAGCAUGCAGGAGGGGGGGGGGGGGGGGGGGGGGGCUUUAAGGGAAUACUGUUAGGAGAGCAUGUUUAACCAGGAGGGGGGGGCCUUUAAGGGAAUACUGUUCGGUGAGCAUGUACUUUCAUUACAGCUAAUAUAUACUGUUUGCUAUCAGCAGUAAAGAUGUUGUGCUCCUUCCCUUUAACUUUGCUCUGAGAAACACUAGCCCUGCCGCCACAGUCGUCUUUACAAGGUGUUACCUGCCGUGUGUUUGCCUGUCCUGCAGCAUGCUCUUUGUCCACACUCAUUCUCUCUGACUGUCAACUAUCACCGUGUGGAGACUUUCCAGCAUAACCCUUCCCCUCCUUUUCCAGCACGCCAUGAUAACUGCCUUGUAUAGUCUGUACCUGGGCUAUUCUCAGGUCAACCAACCUAUACAUGUCAAGAAACUUCCCUAAGAAUGAACUUGUGUAUAACAAAGAGUUCCAACGGUCCCAGCCCGGAUCUGACUGGCUCACUGGACCCUGGCUCCCCCUGCUGUUCUGCUCCGUGAUUGGCAUCUCAGGCAGAACCAAUUAGCAAAGCGACCCAAAACACACACACAGCGAGUCAGAAGUUAGACAGGAUGCCAGGGCAGAGGGAGCGCACAAGGAGAGCACCAGGCAUACAAUGGCUGUAGACUGGAUCACACUCUUUACAAUGGCUGUAGACCGGAUCACACUCUUUACAAUGGCUGUAGACCGGAUCACACUCUUUACAAUGGCUGUAGACCGGAUCACACUCUUUACAAUGGCUGUAGACCGGAUCACACUCUUUAUAAUGGCUGUAGACCGGAUCACACUCUUUACAAUGGCUGUAGACCGGAUCACACUCUUUACAAUGGCUGUAGACCGGAUCACACUCUUUACAAUGGCUGUAGACCGGAUCACACUCUUUACAAUGGCUGUAGACCGGAUCCCACUCCUCACAAUGGCUGUAGACUGGAUCACACUCUUUACAAUGGCUGUAGACCGGAUCACACUCUUUACAAUGGCUGUAGACCGGAUCACACUCUUUACAAUGGCUGUAGACCGGAUCACACUCUUUACAAUGGCUGUAGACCGGAUCACACUCUUUAUAAUGGCUGUAGACCGGAUCACACUCUGUACAAUGGCUGUAGACCGGAUCACACUCUGUACAAUGGCUGUAGACAGGAUCACACUCUUUACAAUGGCUGUAGACUGGAUCACACUCUUUACAAUGGCCGUAGAACGGAUCACACUCUUUACAAUGGCUGUAGACCGGAUCCCACUCUUCACAAUGGCUCUAGACUGGAUCACACUCUUUACAAUGGCUGUAGACUGGAUCACACUCUUUACAAUGGCUGUAGACCGGAUCACACUCUGUACAAUGGCUGUAGACAGGAUCACACUCUUUACAAUGGCUGUAGACCGGAUCACACUCUUUACAAUGGCUGUAGACCGGAUCCCACUCUUCACAAUGGCUGUAGACUGGAUCACACUCUUUACAAUGGCUGUAGACCGGAUCACACUCUUUACAAUGGCUGUAGACCGGAUCACACUCUUUACAAUGGCUGUAGACCGGAUCACACUCUUUACAAUGGCUGUAGACCGGAUCACACUCUUUAUAAUGGCUGUAGACCGGAUCACACUCUGUACAAUGGCUGUAGACCGGAUCACACUCUUUACAAUGGCUGUAGACCGGAUCACACUCUUUACAAUGGCUGUAGACCGGAUCACACUCUUUACAAUGGCUGUAGACCGGAUCACACUCUUUACAAUGGCUGUAGACCGGAUCACACUCUUUACAAUGGCUGUAGACCGGAUCCCACUCUUUACAAUGGCUGUAGACUGGAUCUCUCUGUUUGUUGAGAGUAGAGAGAGUGGAGAGGUGGUGCGGCAGAAAGCCCCCUCUUUCUCUUCCUUCAUGAUCUCAAAGACCUGUUAUAAAUGAGUUGUGUACAAGUUGUUUAUGGAAUGAAGCCCAUCUGGAAAAAGACACAAUGGAUUGUUUUGUACACACAUUUUAGUUGAUGAGUUGUGGUACUGCGUGUGUGUGUGUGUGUGUGUGUGUGUGUGUGUGUGUUUAUUGAAGAGCAGGAAGAGAAAUGCCCUCUGACAGAGACCCGGUUCAUCUGUCUCUGUUCCAGUCAGGGGUUCCCAGACCUCCCUGUUUCAUCCUGUUCCUGUGUGUUUGUUCAGCAUAGUGACUGUACGUGUCUAUGCUGGUUUGUGUCUGGGCCAGUGAGGCUCUUCACUCUGUGCAACAUUUGGGGGCUAGGUUUGACUUCUUUCACUUGUAUUUUGCUGGUUUAAUUUCCUUUUAACCUUAUAGGGCCAUAAGGCUUUUCCACAACUCCUAACAGAACAAUGUAAUAUCAGAAUGUUUGAUAAGAGAAUGUCUCUGUGUGACCCAACAGGUAUGUCCAGAUGCCCAGUCCUUUCUGCUUUGAGCCCAGUAACCGUUAUGUCGUGGCCAUCAGAUUCCAGCGCCACGGUGUGUCCCAGAGACACCUGACAGCUUUCAUCCUUGUAGACUCGGUGAGUCAAUCAACUUAUCAAACAUGUCAGGGCUCUGGAGUGACAGCCAUACACGAGAGGGAGUUUAGUUGAAAUAGAAAGGAAAACUGACCUUUUCGAUGUGUGUGAGUGAACUAUCAGCAGCACUGUGAUAGUAACUGUUGGCCAGAUACCACCACCUAGUGGUCUGAAACAAAGGUGCAUUUAGGUGCCAAAUUCCACCUCUCACUCACUUUAUUUUUCUACGUUUCCUCCCUCCAUUCCUCCUUCCCAGCUGGUGCUGACCCCCCAGUACACGGAGCUGCCAGGUUUCCAGGGUCACGAUCCGGCGGCAGAGGAGCGUCUUGAUGAGAUGGUGCGCUACAUGUGCCUGGACUCCUUCAUGGCCACACCAAUGCCCCUGCUGGCAGAGAUGUGCACCAAGCUCAUCUGCAGCAUCUCUGCCAUCCUGCACGACAGAGCGCUGCGUGAGUCUACCAUACAUCAUUCACUAGGGGAUCAGGUGUCAAAGGUCAAAGCCUCCAUUAAUGCCUUGUUAUCGAAUACUGGGUGUCAAAUACUUCCUGGUCCAACUAUUGAAUAAUUUUACUUACCAAUAAACUCUAGCAAGCAGCACUAUGAUCAGUAAUGCAUGGUAUGAGUUGGAUGGAAUUGUUACACUCAGUCAUCACCAUAGGAUAUCAUCCAUGACUUGUUUGAUUGAAGACUCUCUCAUUUUCCCUGUAGAAUGUCAGUGCGACCCCCAGGGGUCUCUCAGUGCUGAGUGUGACAGGGUCGGAGGUCAGUGCCGCUGUAAACCCAACGUGAUUGGAAGACGGUGUGACCAGUGCGCACCUGACACUUAUGGCUUCGGACCAUAUGGCUGCACAGGUGAGUGAGCACUGGCAUCUUUUAGCCAGUCAUCACAUCUUUAUUUAGUUGACAUUAUAUAGCAGGUGUGUCAUACACUGGAUGACCUCACAAAACCACAAUCCUAAAAUAUGUCCCACUCCCGAUGUAAGAUGGGACGUAAGCUCAGAAGGGUCGUCGCAUCUCCAGAGAAGCUUACUCCAAGACAUCAACGAACAUAAACCUCCUCAUACCUCACUCCAUUAAACACCCCACCCUCUCCCUCUCCCCUCCUCCUCCUCCUCCUCUCCUCCCCUUCAUCCUCCUCCUUCUCCCUCCCUCCCUCCCCAGCCUGUGACUGCCACUCCCAGGGCUCUCUGGGGCACCAGUGUGACCCAGUGAUGGGGCAGUGCCCGUGCAGACAGGGGGCCAGCGGGCGCCAGUGCUCAGACUGCCAGCCUGGCCAGUGGGGCUUCCCCAGCUGCAGGCCAUGCCAGUGUAACGGUCACGCUGAUGACUGCAACUCACAGACAGGGGAGUGCCAGGCCUGCAGGGACUACGCUGAUGGACAGCACUGUGAAAGGUGGGCAGGGGGGAUAUACAGUGAUUCGUAAAUGGUGUUGGUGACAGCGUUUUGGUUAGUGUUUUGGUGCUGUUGGAUCAGGUAGUGAUCGGUAAUAGUCCAAUAUAUAAUAUUGUGAUCGGUAGUGUACCAUAAUAAAUACAUUAAAUAUGUUAUUUCUCUCCCUGCCCAGGUGUGUGAAUGGGUUCUUUGGAAACCCAGUGCUGGGGUCUGGGGAUCACUGUCGACAUUGUCCCUGUCCUGGGAACCCAGGAAGCGGACAUUCCAACGGAGACUCCUGUCAUGCUGAAAGCUCAUCCAAUCAAAUCCUCUGCAACUGUAAACAGGGCUACACAGGUAGAGUCCCAAUGAUACAGUUUAGCUCACUAAAAAGGAAAUCCUAUCUACACUUAUUGGCAUUUCACUUUUCAGCCUAAGCCUGACCCCUUUCACACUCUUUUCCCCACGCUAGGGCCUCGCUGUGAUCGGUGUGCCCCUGGUUACUAUGGCAACCCCGAGCAUCCAGGUGGGCAGUGCCACCCGUGCCAGUGCAGUGGCAACAUCGACACCCAGGACCCCGAGUCAUGUGACCCCAGGACCGGCCAAUGCCUGAGCUGCCUAUACAACACGGAUGGCCCCUCCUGCUCUGACUGUAAACAUGGUUACUACGGCAACGCUCUGGCCCAGGACUGCAGGCGUGAGUUGUUACAUGAUAAUGGAUGGUUGAAUCUCUAAUGAGUUCUGUCUCUGCAUUUUCUUAAGUUAUGUAAGGGACUGGUCAUGCCCGCUGGAGACAAACAAUUGGUAUUUGUGAUGAUAUGUGUCACGCUGCCGUUCUUGUCUAUGUCUGCUCUGUGUGUGACUGUGUGCUGUAUUGUGUCUGAUAUGUUUAUCUUAUUCCAUCUGCAGGUUGCACAUGUGUAACAGCAGGUACACAACAGUCCUACUGCAGCGAUGGCCAUUGCCACUGUGACAGACAGACAGGAGCAUGCCCGUGUCGGGACAAUGUGGUCGGGCACAACUGUGACCAGUGUGCCCCCAACCACUGGAACUAUGGCACAGACAGAGGGUGUGAGCAGUGUGCCUGCCACCCUCAGCACGCUGUGGGAUCCCACUGCAACAUGGUAGGCCUCAUAGUUGUGAAAGGCUUUUGUUUAGUGUACUUUACCUUAUCAGUUUAAUUGAAUAGCUUUGAUGAUACAUCUCUCUCUCCUUGUCUGUCUGUCUGUAGUUCAGUGGACAGUGUCACUGUCGGCAAGGCUUUGGGGGAAGGCAGUGCACUGAGUGUGAGCAGUUUCAUUGGGGAGACCCACGAGUGCAGUGUGAAGGUAAUUGAAUGUUAGAAAUGUCACAGUUCAAUUAGGUUUUCAAAGUCUAUCUUUAAUUCUGUGUUCAAAAUGACAGUCUGUACUGUAUAUAGGACCCAUUCAUAUCCACGAACUUCAGGGGUGGGCUCGCCCCAGCGCCCCCAGCCCGCGCCCCCGAGACAGCCCGGCCCCAGCGCCCCCUCCCAAGCGCCCCCGCCCAGACUAGCCACCGCGCCCCGCGCAAGGCACCAGCGCCACGAGCCAGCGCGAACCACCACCGCGCCCAGUCGUCCCACAGAGACCCAGCGGCCACAAGCCCACCCACAGCGAACGAGCCAGCACCAAGCUUCCCCAAUACAGCCACCAAGCCCCCCUCGACCCGCAACCCGCCCACCAAGGACCCCUCUCCCUCUCCAACCCCCCUUCCCCCAACUCCCCCUCUCCAUCUCUCUCCCCCAUCUCCCCUCUUCCACCUCUCUCUCGCCAUCUCUUCCCCAAUCUCCCCCUCUCCAUCUCUCCCCCAUCUCCCCCUCUCCAUCUCUCUCCCCCAUCUCCCCCUCUCCAUCUUCCGUCAGAGUGUAAGUGUCAGCCGCUGGGCUCGGAGUCGGCUCAGUGUGACCGUGUGACGGGGGCGUGUGAGUGCAGGGAGGGGACGGCGGGACGACGGUGUGUGACGAGUGUGACCGCGGCUUCACCGGGGCCUUCCCUGAGUGUGUCCGGUGCCACCCCUGCUUCGAGCUGUGGGACGACGCGGUGUGUACGAUCCGCCGGGACCUGGACCACAUCCGUCACGACAUCCAGAGGAUCCUGGAGAGCGGAGAGACUCCCGGCCUGGGAGACAAACCCAUCCACGAGCUGGAGAAUAAACUGGCCCGGGUACAGGACCUGAUCCGAGACGGAGACCGGGACAGACUACACCAGCUGAUUGGCCAGUCCAUCGAUGACCUGAGGUAAAAGCAUCAUACUCCCCUGUACUGUAGGUGGACCGUUCAUUCACCAAACAUUUCAUAGUAAUAUAUGACAUUUAACAGACGCUUUUAUGCGUACAUACAUUUUGUACAUAUGGGUGGUCCCAGGAAUUGAACCCACUAUCCUGGUGUUGCAAGCGCCAUGCUCUACCAACUAAAGCUACAGAGGAGCAGUGUAGAACAGCUAAACCCUCUCAUGCAAAUAUUGCCAGAGGGGGCAGCUGUGCUUAUUGAAACCAAGUCACACAACAAUUAUACACGUAGAACAGGAUAGUGUGUGAAAUGAACAAUACCUACUGAGAAUUGUGCUCAGAGGUCUCUCGUGCGUCUCUGUGGUGUAUCCAGGGCGGAGAUAGCCCUGACUGACGGCCGUCUGAUGGGUGUGGCACGGGAGCUGAAUGGGACAGCGGUGCAGGAUGAGGUACUGAGGAGGAACCUGACCCAGAUGGAGAGAGAACUCAGGGACCUUAACAUCACCCUGGUGCACCGCCACCAAGAACGGAGGAACAACCUCAGCUCCGGCUUCCAAGGUAGCACCUCCCCCUAGACCUCAAAACACACACACCUGUACAGUAAGAUUGAGUGCACAUGUAUAGGUACUCACACAUAGACACAUAGACACAUACACACAUACACACAUACACAUAGACACACAUAGACACACACACACACACACAGACACACAUGGACACACAUGGACACACAUGGACACACAUGGACACACAUGGACACACAUGGACACAUACACACACACACACACACACACACACACACACAUAGACACAUAGACACAUACACACAUACACACAUACACAUAGAAACACAUAGACACACACACACACACACAGACACACAUGGACACACAUAGACACACAUGGACACACAUGGACACACAUAGACACACAUGGACACACAUGGACACACAUGGACACAUACACACACACACACACACACACAUAGACACAAACACACAUAGACACAUACACACAUAGACACAUACACACAUAGACACAUACACACAUAGACACAUACACACAUAGACACACAUACACAUAGACACAUACACACAUAGACACAUUGACACAUACACACACAGACACACACAGACACACACAGACACAUAGACACACACACACACACACACACAGACACACACAGACACACAUACACACACAUAGACACACAGACACACAGACACACAGACACACAUAGACACACAUACAGUGAGGGAAAAAAGUAUUUGAUCCCCUGCUGAUUUUGUACAUUUGCCCACUGACAAAGACAUGAUCAGUCUAUAAUUUUAAUGGUAGGUUUAUUUGAACAGUGAGAGACAGAAUAACAACAAAACAAUCCAGAAAAUCGCAUGUCAAAAAUGUUAUAAAUUUAUUUGCAUUUUAAUGAGGGAAAUAAGUAUUUGACCCCUCUGCAAAACAUGACUUAGUACUUGGUGGCAAAACACUUGUUGGCAAUCACAGAGGUCAGACGUUUGUUAUAGUUGGCCACCAGGUUUGCACAGAUCUCAGGAGGGAUUUUGUCCCACUCCUCUUUGCAGAUCUUCUCCAAGUCAUUAAGGUUUUGAGGCUGACGUUUGGCAACUCGAACCUUCAGCUCCCUCCACAGAUUUUCUAUGGGAUUAAGGUCUGGAGACUGGCUAGGCCACUCCAGGACCUUAAUGUGCUUCUUCUUGAGCCACUCCUUUGUUGCCUUGGCCAUGUGUUUUGGGUCAUUGUCAUGCUGGAAUACCCAUCCACGACCCAUUUUCAAUGCCCUGGCUGAGGGAAGGAGGUUCUCACCCAAGAUUUGACAGUACAUGGCCCCGUCCAUCGUCCCUUUGAUGCAGUGAAGUUGUCCUGUCCCCUUAGCAGAAAAACACCCCCAAAGCAUAAUGUUUCCACCUCCAUGUUUGAUGGUGGGGAUGGUGUUCUUGGGGUCAUAGGCAGCAUUCCUCCUCCUCCAAACACGGCGAGUUGAGUUGAUGCCAAAGAGCUCGUUUUUGGUCUCAUCUGACCACAACACUUUCACCCAGUUCUCCUCUGAAUCAUUCAGAUGUUCAUUGGCAAACUUCAGACGGGCCUGUAUAUGUGCUUUCUUGAGCAGGGGGACCUUGCGGGCGCUGCAGGAUUUCAGUCCUUCACGGCGUAGUGUGUUACCAAUUGUUUUCUUGGUGACUAUGGUCCCAGCUGCCUUGAGAUCAUUGACAAUAUCCUCCUGUGUAGUUCUGGGCUGAUUCCUCACCGUUCUCAUGAUCAUUGCAACUCCACGAGGUGAGAUCUUGCAUGGAGCCCCAGACCGAGGGAGAUUGACAGUUCUUUUGUGUUUCUUCCAUUUGCGAAUAAUCGCACCAACUGUUGUCACCUUCUCACCAAGCUGCUUGGCGAUGGUCUUGUAGCCCAUUCCAGCCUUGUGUAGGUUUACAAUCUUGUCCCUGACAUCCUUGGAGAGCUCUUUGGUCUUGGCCAUGGUGGAGAGUUUGGAAUCUGAUUGAUUGAUUGCUUCUGUGGACAGGUGUCUUUUAUACAGGUAACAAGCUGAGAUUAGGAGCACUCCCUUUAAGAGUGUCCUCCUAAUUUCAGCUUGUUACCUGUGUAAAAGACACCUGGGAGCCAGAAAUCUUUCUGAUUGAGAGGGGGUCAAAUACUUAUUUCCCUCAUUAAAAUGCUAAUCAAUUUAUAAAAAUUUUGACAUGCAUUUUUCUGGAUUUUGUUGUUGUUAUUCUGUCUCACUGUUCAAAUAAACCUACCAUUAAAAUUAUAGACUGAUCAUUUCUUUGUCAGUGGGCAAACGUACAAAAUCAGCAGGGGAUCAAAUACUUUUUUCCCUCACUGUAGAUACACACAGACACACAGACACAUACAGCCUCUCCUCGUUUUUAGUCUCUUUCACUGAUUUGUUUUGCCCUGGUCCUCCUCUCCAUCCCAGAUCAGUUUGACAAUGUGAAUAAGUACUACCGUGGGUCCCAGGAGGCUCAACAGAAGUGCAACGCCUCAAUGUCCGGUCCCUUCAACCCCGUGGAGGAGUCUAAAGCCACACGUACACACACUGAGGACCUUCUGAACAUGAGGCGGGAUAAGUUCCUGCGUACCGUGGCAGCCCAGAAGAAAUCAUUGUCAGAGCUACAGGACAAAGCCCAGGAUGUGGACAAGAAAGUCCACCACCUGAGCCACAAGGUAUAGAGGGGACAAUAUAGUGGGGUCUACUCUGUAUUCUAAAGGGAAGCUUGUUUUGGGUCGGUGUAGUUAUAGAUAGUGCUGCGAGGACAAUGCCUAACAGUCAGCAGAAACAAUCCUCUUGUCUGUGUUUUGUUGUAAAGGGUUGGUUCUAUAAAAAGUUUGAUUAGCAGGAUGGUCAUCCCUGUCUGUCACGUAGAGCUAAUUGGCAGACAUACCUGUCAUGAUGUGUUGAUUUCAAAUUGUAAUAAAUGUUACACCAUCCCUUCCCUGGAUGUGUGACCCAUAGCCCUUUGUCUGUGUCGGACUCUGACCCUACCUGUUUUGUGUGUUUUUCCUCCAGGUAUGUGGUGCUCAUUCCAACACCAGCUCGAAUGGCACAUGUCACGACAGCCCGUGUGGGGGUGCUGGUUGUCGUGACGAUGGCGGUCAGCGGGUGUGUGGAGGGGACGCGUGUAAGGGGACUGUGAGCGCCUCCCUUAAGGGACUGAAACACGCCAAUGAUGUCACAGACAACCUGACUGUUGCCAGUGAAGAUCUCCAGGGCAUGGCGAAGAAGGUACAUCUGCCUCACUCUCUUAUAUGUACUAACUAUACCUCUGCAUGCAUGUAUCUCAAUAUAAGCUGAAUCACUGAGCAAAACCUGCUGUUGAAGUUACCUAAAAGGGGUUGUAUUAUAUGUUUCUCAGUGUCUUUGUGAGUCUAAGCACAGCAUGUUUUGUAUAUAGUAUUCCAUAUGCAGUUUAUUUUUCAGUAAUCACCCAUGUUGUGUUUCCAGCUCCAUGACAUUGCUAUGCUGACCCAGGACGUUAAGAGUCAAGCCAUGGACACCUUGGAGAAAGCCAAGAAGAAUAAGGACUUCUUUGAAAACUCCAAUAAGAAACUCAAGGAAUUCAUUCAGAAGAUCAAAGAUUUCCUGACUGGUUUGUUAAUGCCAUUAACCUUCCAGAAAAGUUCUUAUAAAAAAAUAUAUAAACACUACCGUUCAAAGGUUUGGGGUAACUUAGAAAUGUUAUUGUUUCCGAAAGAAAAGCAAUUUUUUUGUCAAUUAAAAUAACAUCAAAUUGAUCAGAAAUACAGUGUAGACAUUGUUAAUGUUGUAAAUGGCUAUUGUAGCUGGAAACGAGGCCCAUUAUCAGCAACCAUCAGUCAUGUGUUCCAAUGGCACGUUGUGUUUUCUAAUCCAAGUGUAUUAUUUUAAAAGGCUAAUUGAUCAUUAGAAAAACCUUUUGCAGUUAUGUUAGCACAGCUGAAAACUGUUGUGCUGAUUAAAGAAGCAAUAGAACUAGCCUUCUUGAGACUAGUUGAGUAACUGGAGCAUCAACAAUUGUGGGUUCGAUUACAGGCUCAAAAUGGCCAGAAUCAAAUAACUUUCUUCUGAAACUCAUCAGUCUAUUCUUGUUCUGAGAAAUGAAGGCUAUUCCAUGCGAGAAAUUGCCAAGAAACUGAAGAGCUCGUACAACGCUGUGUGCUACUCCCUUCACAGAACAGCGCAAACUGGCUCUAACCAGAAUAGAAAGAGGAGUGGGAGGCCCCAGUGCACAACUGAGCAAGAGGACAAAUACAUUAGUGUCUAGUUUGAGAAACAGAUGCCUCACAGGUCCUCAACUGGCAGCUUCAUUAAAUAGUACCCGCAAAACACCAGUCUCAACGUCAACAGUGAAGAGGCGACUCCGGGAUGCUGACCUUCUGGCAGAGUUGCAAAGAAAAAGCCAUAUCUCAGACUGGCCAAUAAAAAGAAAAUAUUAAGAUGGGCAAAAGAACACAGACACUGGACAGAGGAAGAUUGGAAAAAAGUGUUAUGGAUAGACAAAUCGAAGUUUGAGGUGUUCAGAUCACAAAGAAUAACAUUUGUGAGACGCAGACCAAAUGAAAAGAUGCUGGAGGAGUGCUUGAUGCCAUCUGUCAAGCAUGGUGGAGGCAAUGUGAUGGUAUGGGGGUGCUUUGGUGGUGGUAAAGUGGGAGAUAGGUACAGGGUAAAAAGGGAUCUUGAAGAAGGAAGGCUAUCACUCCAUUUUGCAACGCCAUGCCAUACCCAGUGGACGACGCUUGAUUGGAGCUAAUUUCCUCCUACAACAGGACAAUGACCCAAAGCACAGCUCCAAAUUAUGCAAGAACUAUUUAGGGAAGAAGCAGUCAGCUGGUAUUCUGUCUAUAAUGGAGUGGCCAGCACAGUCACCGGAUCUCAACCCUAUUGAGCUGUUGUGGGAGCAGUUUGACCGUAUGUUACGUAAGAAGUACCCAUCAAGCCAAUCCAACUUGUGGGAGGUGCUUCAGGAAGCAUGGGGUGAAAUCUCUUCAGAUUACCUCAACAAAUUGACAACUAGAAUGCCAAAGGUCUGCAAGGCUGUAAUUGCUGCAAAUGUAGGAUUCUUUGACGAAAGCAAAGUUUGAAGGACACAAUUAUUAUUUCAAUUAAAAAUCAUUAUUUCUAACCUUGUCAAUGACUACAUGUCCUAUUCAUUUAGCUAUAUUUCCUAUUCAAACUCAUUUCAGGUAUGUUUUCAUGGAAAGCAAGAAUUUCAAUGUGACCUCAAACUUUUGAAUGGUAGUGUAUAUACAUAUCUCUUUGGACAGUUCUUAUGAUAUUAAUUUGAUCAUGGUUCUUCUCCACUGUGUGUUGUGUACAGAGGAGGGUGCGGACCCAGAGAGCAUAGAGAAGGUGGCUCAGCAAGUGCUGGCUAUAUCUCUGCCUGUGAACAGAACCACCCUGGACACUGUGGUCCAGCAGAUCAAAGACAACAUCAGCAAUCUGACAGAUGUACAGCGGGUCUUCAACCACACCUCCCAGCAACUCCACCAGGCCAAGGAGCUGCUCAACAGAGCUAAGGAUGCCAUGUAAGGCAGAGGGAGAAAGAGGCAACAAGAGGCAUAUUAGACUUCAGACAUAAGGGGCUCUAUUUUAACAAACCUAACGCAUUAAUAAAUCUUAGCGCAGGUGGUAGCAGUAUAGGUUCUGUGUCCGAAAUAUAUUUUUCAUUUUCACAACCGGAAUUACGGGCGUAUAGCUGGCGGUGGUGCGAAAGGGCUGGCUUUUGAUGAGUAAACAAGUUGUGGGUGUGGUCAAUGCUUCGCCCCUCACUGGCCAAUCAGAACGUUCUUCAUGGCUAAAUAUGUGGUUGCUUCAAGUAUAUUUAGGUAUUUUAUGUAUUACCUUGUCAUCAACUCCAAUUUGAAUGUCAGUCCAUUAUAGCCUAGUUCGUUAAAUAGCCUGCCCCAUAUUUGCUAAAUGUUUUGAAUGUGUUUGCAGUCCACACUGUUCUAAUUGCAUAGCUUCAAUAUGUAAAUACAUUGUUAAACAUAGGCUAUGGUGUUCACUCAGUUAUAGGGGCUAGGCCUACUAUAAAUUGCAUUCUGGACAAACGUAGUCAAUAAGCAAGAUUACAUUCACUACAGGCUAUUGAUAACGCCUAAAAAUACAGUAUAUAAUUCUAAUAAAAACUUGUUUUAAAUAGGCUAUGUCUAAAUACAGUUACAGGCACCAUAACUGCUCCCCAUGGGCUUAUACAGACAAGGCAACUUAGACUAUGGAGGGUUUUAUGCACAUCCAAACUUUUCACAGGAGCUGGAUAAAGAUCCAAUAUAAAGAGAAAGGGGGAAUGUCAACUCACCAUUAUACUGCUCGCAAGUGUAAUGUUUUACAAACAUAAUUGAACCAUCUUACAGAUCAUAUUUGCACUUCUCCAGAAAUAGCAGACGAAAUUGCAUUGCAUUCGAGCCAUGUACGUUCUCACCAUAAACCCAUGGAUGGUGAAUCUUUCAAAUAAGUUUGGGGGGGGGGGGCAUUAACAUUAACUAUACUGAACAAAAAUAUAAACGCAAAAUGCAACCAUUUCAAAGAUUUUGCUUAGUUACAGUUCAUAAAAGGAAAUCAGUCAAUUGAAAUAAAUUAAUAUGGCCCUAUUCUAUGGAUUUCACAUGACUGGGAAGCCAGGCCCACCCACUGGGAAGCCAGGCCCAGCCACUGGGAAGCCAGGCCCAGCCACUGGGAAGCCAGGCCCAGCCACUGGGAAGCCAGGCCCAGCCACUGGGAAGCCAGGCCCAGCCACUGGGAAGCCAGGCCCAGCCACUGGGAAGCCAGGCCCAGCCACUGGGAAGCCAGGCCCAGCCACUGGGAAGCCAGGCCCACCCACUGGGAAGCCAGGCCCAGCCACUGGGAAGCCAGGCCCAGCCAAUCAGAAUGAGUUUUUCCCCACAAAAGGGCCUUUUUACAGACAGAAAUACUCCUUAUACUUUUUGUUCAGUGUAGCUAAGCUCAUGCAUAGAAAAUCCUCAUCGGGUCUAACGGUCAUCUCGCGCCGAACUGCGCAUGUGUAGGCCACCAAAUCAAAGGCACUCCUUCGAUAUAAAGUCGUUUUUUGAUAAACAUUAAUACGUUUCAGUUAGUCACUUUCAUGAGGUUGGAGUAAUAACAUGUUCAGCUAUUUAAGACGUUGGCUCCAAUCUAGGUUGUUCCUUUAGAUUUAGAGAAAAUUAACAACUAAGGAAUAAUUUUUCACUUGACUUCUCAAACCCCAAACCCCGGCCUGGUCUGUUUGGUCUGUUACGCAAGCGUUCCCGGAAGUCUCGCAAUGUUGCGCAUCUGGGUUUAGAAACACUGUGGUCAUAGCCUUUCAGUAUAUGUUUUCGUAGCAGAGCAGAGCUCUCAGUCUAUCACACACACACACACACACACACACACACAUUUUUCACUUGUCCUGUAUGUGUUUGUAGGACACGGGCAGAAGGAGUGAAGGACACAGCCAACACGACUAAGCAGGCGUUGGAUGCGUCUGAGAAGGCCAUUCAGAAAGCAACCAAAGCCCUGGACCAUGCCCUGAACAACCUGAACAGCACCAGGAAUGCCACCGCAACGGUACUGUACACUACUCUUCACAGCCACACCUCAGUGUGUGUAUGAAUGUAUGUGUGUGUGUGUGUGUUUGUGUGUGUGUGUGUGUGUGUGUUUCUCAGUCUGAUAUGUCCCUUCUUGCUGUGUACCUUUCCCACUUCUCAGGUGGAAGAGAACCUUCAGGAACUGGAGACCAAGCAGAUGGGUGCUAUGAUGCGACUGGCCAACCUGUCCAUAGGGGUGGAGGCACUACGGAACAAGACAAAUCAAAACAGGGAGAUGUCCCAAGGUGUCCAGAACCAGGCCAAAAAUGCCACUCAUGCAGCAUUGGGACUGGAGCAGGUGUGUGUGUGUGUGUGUGUGUGUGUGAGUGUGUGUGUGUGUGUGUGCGCGCGUUCGUGCGUGUCCAUGCCUGUGUUGUGCAUAAGCAUGUGUUUGCAUGUGUGUCUAUGGAUGAGUGUGCCUGUUUCCUGGUUGUGCUACAACAUGUUGACGUGUAGUUGUGUGUGUCUGGUUGUUGAUGUGUAGUUGUGUGUGUCUGGUUGUUGAUGUGUAGCUGUGUGUCUGGUUGUUGAUGUAGUUGUGUGUGUUUGGUUGUUGAUGUGUAGUUGUGUGUGUGUGGUUGUUGAUGUGUAGUUGUGUGUGUGUGUGGUUGUUGAUGUGCAGUUGUGUGUGUCUGGUUGUUGAUGUGUGGCUGUGUGUCUGGUUGUUGAUGUGUAGUUGUGUGUCUGGUUGUUGAUGUGUAGUUGUAUGUGUGGUUGUUGAUGUGUAGUUGUGUGUGUGGUUGUUGAUAUGUAGCUGUGUGUGUGGUUGUUGAUGUAUGGUUCUGUGUGUGGUUGUUGAUGUGUAGUUGUAUGUGUGGUUGUUGAUGUGUAGUUGUAUGUGUGGUUGUUGAUGUGUAGUUGUGUGUGUGGUUGUUGAUGUGUAGCUGUGUGUGUGGUUGUUGAUGUAUAGUUAUGUGUGUGGUUGUUGAUGUGUUGCUGUGUGUGUCUCUGUGUUGUGAUCCAGAGGCUGAAUGAGACGGAGGAUCUGUACAAGGACCUGCAGAUGAAGGUGGACUCUCUGGGUGGGGCCUCUGGGGACCUGGGGAGUGUCAACCAGAGGGCCCAGGAGAUCAAGAAGGAGGCUGAAGACCUGCUCACUAAGACCGACAAGGGCAUAGAAACCCUACGAAGUGUGUACUGUACUGCCCUCUGAAACUUGACAUAUGAGAUACCAUAUGUAUCCAACAUAGAGCCGUAUGGAACCAUGAAGUGAAUUGAUGGCUGUAAAGUAUUCCAUGGCCAAAGGAUAUCAGCAUGGUGUCUUUGGUUUUGUAUGUAGAUGUGCUAGUAAGUGUGAACUGGGAGUUCUCUACGUAGAACAACAGUUUUGACCAGGGCCCGUAGGGUUCUUCUCCAAAGCAGUGCAUUAUUACAUUUACAUUUUAGUCAUUUAGCAGACGCUCUUAUCCAGAGCGACUUACGGGAGCAAUUAGGGUUAAGUGCCUUGCUUAAGGGCACAUCGGCAGAUUUUUCACCUAGUCGGCUCGGGGAUUAGAACCAGCGACCUUUCGGUUACAGCUUUUCAAUUAAUGUCCCUGAAUUGUUGUCUUCCUAUAAUGAGUUCUCUGCUGUUCUGUUUCAGAGCUUGAGAAGAAGUUCCGUAAUAAUGAGCAGAGAAUGCAGGACCAGCAGACUGAGCUAGGAGAGCUUGAGAAGAACGCCACGGACGCACGGGAGGCCAUACGAAAGCAGGUGCAGACAUACAACAACUGCAACUGAUAGUGUGUUAUUGAAGGAUGUAGGGGAGGAAAAACUAUAUUCCACUGGUGCUUUAUUCCCAUUCUCCCUCUGUAAAAUGUGAAAUGAAUUUAAUAAAAAAAUAUAUCACAAAAUAAAAGAAAUACAGCCACUGUUAGUGAGGGGAACACGGUCAUGUGUACUAUACUCCUGUAGUCCAUUAGAACACAGCAGCUCCUUCUGAUCAAGGAGCCAGGGUUCCGGUCUCGAAGCAUGGUUUCCACUGGUCUUACAGUCUUGCUUCGGUACUGCCGUUUAACUGACGUCCGGCCCAGAAAGACAAUUUCCAUAGAGAAGUCAGAUUAGAACAUUCCCAAUAAGACACUUUAGUCAUCACCUUUGUGCACAGAACAUCCAUUGAAUUAUUCAAAUAAUUGUCACUGAGGCCGAUUUUCUUUUCAUUACUCACAACCAAAGAUAUGAACAUCUUAUAUUCAUCCAAUGUCUGCCAUUUUUUUGGGAUGACGUGAUGACGUUGUCGCUGCUCGCGCUGUUCCCUAUGCGCACUGAGCGCUAGUGCACAUGGGAAGUUGGGCUGUGUAAACCGGAUGCAACCCGGAUAUACAGUUGAAGUCGGAAGUUUACAUACACUUAGGUUGGAGUCAUUAAAACUCAUUUUUCAACCACUCCACAAAUUUCUUGUUAACAAACUAUAGUUUUGGCAAGUCGGUUAGGACAUCUACUUCGUGCAUGACACAAGUAAUUUUUCCAACAACUGUUUACAGACAGAUUAUUUCACAUAUAAUUCACUGUAUCACAAUUCCAGUGGGUCAGAAGUUUACCUACACUAAGUUGACUGUGCCUUUAAGCAGCUUGGAAAAUUCCAGAAAAUGAUGUCAUGGCUUUACAAGCUUCUGAUAGGCUAAUUGACAUCAUUUGAGUCAAUUGGAGGUGUACCUGUGGAUGUUUUUCAAGGCCUACCUUCAAACUCAGUGCCUCUUUGCUUGACAUCAUGGGAAAAUCAAAAGAAAUCAGCCAAGACCUCAGGAAAAUGUUUGCAGACCUCCACAAGUCUGGUUCAUCCUUGGGAGCAAUUUACAAACGCCUGAAGGUACCAAGUUCAUCUGAACAAACAAUAGUACGCAAGUAUAAACACCAUGGGACCACGCAGCCGUCAUACCGCUCAGGAAGGAGACGCGUUCUGUCUCCUAGAGAUGAACGUACUUUGGUGCGAAAAGUGCAAAUCAAUCCCAGUACAACAGCAAAGGACCUUGUGAAGAUGCUGGAGGAAACAGGUCCAAAAGUAUCUAUAUCCACAGUAAAACGAGUCCUAUAUUAACAUAACCUGAAAGGCCGCUCAGCAAGGAAGAAGCCGCUGCUCCAAAACCGCCAUAAAAAAGCCAGAUGAAAGUAGCUAGCUUGUCUAACUAUCUUAGCUGUCCUGCCUGCUGGAAAGGAUGGUAGACUUUAGAAAAGCAAGAAAUUACUAAAUGUACUGAAUAAGACUCACAUUCCUUUCAAUCAUUUACACAGAUUUCAGCAGAGAUGCAGAUAAGCGUAUUUAGUUUCUAUAAAAGAAGAACCACCCGUCAGGGAGGAUACAGACAGCUCAAGAGGUAUGCUUAGAUAAAAUAAACAUAUGUAUUUUUUUACAUAGAAUUAAGCAUAAUGAUUAUGGCUCUAGAUUGCAGGAAAAAGCAGUUUCAGGUGUUUCAUGCAAAAUUCUCCAACCCCCCCCCCCCAGACAUCCUCGCGUACUUUGUGCCCUCAGAUUUUUGGGGUGCAUGACGCCCCUGAUUCGAUACUAUAGCUCAAAGCUAUGUGUGAAAACGCUUCAUUUUGAAGUGAGCAAAAGUGGUCUACUCUAACGCUGAGGUGAUUCCAUGUCCCUUGUGUAUUUAAAUACUGGAUACAUUAAGAUUCAUAUCAGAGAGCCCUCCAAAACAUAUGCUUAUGAUCAUAUAUUUAGACUGAUUCAACUAACUGUUGUAGUUUCUUCAUCAAAUAUUUGGCAGCCAUCAAAUAAAUAUUUUUUUAGUUUUCAAGUUACUUGCAUAUAUAUUGAAAUACCUUCAAAUAUUAGCCAAUUUGGUUUUCUGCAAAGGUAUUCAAAAUACUUUCAAAUAUUAAAAGAAAACAUUCUGAGACCUGUAUUUGAUUAUCAAAGAAGAUAGUUGCCUUUUAGUUUAAACUAUACUGUAUAUAAACUACACUGAACUAAAAUAUCAGUCAAUUUAAAUAAAUAAAUUAGGUCCCAAUCUAUGGAUUUCACAUGACUGGGAAUACAGAUAUGCAUCUGUUGGUCACAGAUAUCUUUUUUAAAAGGUAGGGGCGUGGAUCAGAAAACCAGUCAGUAUCUGGUAUGACCACCCUUUGCCUUAUGCAAAGCGACAGAUCACCUUCGCAUAGAGUUAAUCAGGCUGUUGAUUGUGGCCUGUGGAAUGUUGUCCCUCUCCUCAUCAAUGUCUGUGCAAAGUCGCUGGACAUUGGCGGGAACUGUAACACACUGUCAUACAUGUCGACCCAGAGCAUCCCAAACAUUCUCAAUAGGUGACUUGUCUGGUGAUUAUGCAGGCCAUGGAAGAACUGUGACAUUUCCAGCUUCCAGGAAUUGUGUACAGAUCCUUGCGACAUAGGGACGUGCAUGAUCAUGCUGAAAACAUGAGAUGAUGGAGGUGGAUGAAUGGCACGACCAAUGGACCUCAGGAUCUUGUCACGGUAUCUCUGUGCAUUCAAAUUGCCAUCAAUAAAAUGCAAUUGUGUUUGUUGUCCGUAGCUUAUGCCUGCUCAUACCAUAACCCCACCGCCACCAUGGGCCACUCUGUUCACAACGUUGACAUUAGCAAACCGCUCGCCCACACAACGCCAUACACGUUGUCUGCCAUCUGCCUGGUACUGUUGAAACCAGGAUUCAUCUGUGAAGAGCACAUUUCUCCAGCAUGCCAGUGGCCAUCGAAGGUGAGCAUUUGCCGACUGAAGUCGGUUACGUCGGUUACGACGCCGAACUGCAGUCAGGUCAAGACCCUGGUGAGGACGACAAGCACUCAGAUGAGCUUCCCUGAGACGGUUUCUGACAUUGUGUGCAGAAAUUCUUCGGUUGUGCAAACCCACAGUUUCAUCAGCUGUCCGCGUGGCUGGUCUCAGAUGAUCCUGCAGUUGAAGAAGACGGAUGUGGAGGUCCUGGGCUGGCGUGGUUACAUGUGGUCUGUGGUUGUGAGGCCGGUUGGACAUACUGCCAAAUUCUCUAAAAUGACGUUGGAGGUGGCUUAUGGUAGAGAACUUAACAUUGAUUUCUCUGGCAACAGCUCUGGUGGACAUUCAUGCAGUCAGCAUGCCAAUUGCACACUCCCUCAAAACUUGAGGCAUCUGUGGCAUUGUGUUGUGUGACAAAACUUCACAUUUUAGAGUGGCUUUUUAGUGUCCCCAGCACAAGGUGCACCUGUGAUGAUCAUGCUGUUUAGUCAGCUUCUUGAUGUCACAUCUGUCAGGUGGAUGGAUUAUCUUGGUGAAGGAGAAAUGCUCACUAAAUUUCUGAGAUGUUUUAUUUCAGCUCACGAAACAUGGGACCAACACUUUACAUGUUGCCUUUAUAUUUUUUGUUCGGUGUAUAUUUGACUACCUCGAGUAUUUGAAAUGUUUUCAAAUAAACUACAAAAUACAACUGUUUUCUGCCCAGGUCUGCACUACAUAGGUAAUCUGUGCCUGUCUGUCAACGCCCAGUGUUCCCUAUUCAUUAAUUUAAUGGUUUUUAUACAGCCAUCUGGUUUUUAUACAGCCAUCUGCACCAGUUUGGUGUGUGUGGUUCAAGGUGACAACUGGAUAGGGACAAAUUAA